UUUGUCCACAGCUCCAUAAGCUUUGCUGGCGGAGGUGGGAUUUAUGACCUAUACUGCAGCCCAUCAACAGAGGGUGCUGUUCUUGGAGUGGCGUCACCCUGCAAGGAGGCAGACUCUGUCCAUUCUUUAUACAGUCUAUGGGUUAUACACAACAAACUUCCGCAUUCAGCAAAACCGUACGAAGCACUUCCUUCCGGUUCAGAUCUUUAGCGGAAACCUGUGAUGGGAGACUGGGACAAAGCACUUAAAAUAUUAAUUAAAUGUUGAAAAUAUCUUUGUUUUACUCAAGAUGCCUCCAAGACCUCCCAAAGAUGUCCAUGCCCGAUGUCAAUCGCAUUUGCAGGGUCACAUCUAAAACUCCUACCACAAAAAUGGCAGUUUUAAGCUUUAUGCUCCAUCCUUUAGAUGUGACUACGAUGGUAAAUAAUUAGAAUAAGAAUAAAAAGAACUUUAUUGAUCCCCGAAGUGAAAUUCAACUGUCUGUCAUCUCAUUUUGUCAUGUCUCUAAAAGUCAUCUACUAUUUACAGAAGAGUUGUACAGUCUGAUGGCUGUUGGUACAAAAGAUCUUCUGAAUCUUUCUGUCCUGCAGAAAGAGGAGCAUCUGCAACAUCUUACUACAGAUGUCUAUUGAUCGGAGUCUUCUCAGGCAAAAGAGGCGGCUCUGCCCCUUUCUGUAGAUGAAGUCUAUAUUCUUAGACCAGUCCAACUUAUUAUUCAGUUGUAGACCUAGGUUUUUAGAUGAUGUCACCACUUCGAUGUCCACUCCACAGGUGUUCACUGGCUGAAGAGGGGGUUUGGAUAGGGUUGCCAACUCCAAGAGAUUGAAAUAAGGGACAGUUAAUCUGAAAAAUUUUUGGUGUCCCUUAUAAAAAACAAACAUCAUGCCUAAUAUGAUACACCAAGUCCUAUUCAUAUACCAAGUAAAUGCAAUUAGAUAAAGUAAAUGCAACUAGAAUAAGUGAGCCCAAGGCAUGUACACAAACAUUAAUUUAUAACCAUAAAUUAAACCUUAAUUUGUAUUUAAUUUAUAGACAGACUACACAAGAAACAUUAUCAUCGAUCAUUGAAGAUUUUUUGUGUACAGUUAACCUUAAUUAUAUAACCUCCUUAAAAUAUGACAAACUAAAACAUCACAUCCUAUUGUAAAUCAGUAAAGAUGAGUUUUCCAGGUUUGGCCUUGCAAAAAACAAACCAAAAAACAAAGACUAACUUCUCUAGCAAGUUGCACCCCCUGUUGGCAAAUCCUAAAACUGCCUAUGGAACCAGAGAGGACAUGAGAAUGACUUGUCCCAUAGCUCAGCUGCCAAGCUGCUGAUGUGAGCUUGUGACAGUGUGUUAGGCAGAGAGACGCUGUCAGAAAAUACGGGAAAAGGAGCGUCCCAUUUUAGUUCAUUACGGGACAUGUCUUUUUGUUUUCAAAUACAAUACGAUCCCGUUUUUUACAGUACGGUUGGGAACCCUAGGUUUGGAUCUACGGAAGUCUAUGACCAUCUCCUUUGUCUUUGAGGUGUUGAGGAGGAGGCAGUUUUUGUGACUCCAGUCACUGAAGGCUCUUAUCAGAUCUCUGUAUUCAGCUUCUUGUUCAUUUCUGAUACAUGCCACGAUAGCAGAGUCAUCUGAGUAUUUCUGGAUGUGGCAGGACUCAGUGCUGUAUUUGAUGUCUGACGUAUACAGUGUGAACAGGAAUGGCGCCAGCUCUGUCCCUUGUAGAGCCCCUGUACUGGUAAUUAAUUUCCCAGAAACACAGUUCCCCAGCCUGACAAACUGUGGCCUUCCUGUCAGGUAAUCUGCAAUCCAGGAAACACAGGAAGGAUCCUUUCCCAUCUCUGUGAGCUUGUCUUUGAGUAUGGUGGGUUGGAUGGUGUUAAAUGCACUUGAAAAGUCAAAGAACAUGAUCCUCACAUAAACCCCAGGUUCCUCCAGAUGAGACAGGGCACAGUGAAGCAUGUCGAGGACAGCAUCAUCCACUCCAAUGUGUUUUCUGUAUGCAAACUGCAGGGAAUCCAGUUUGUCUUUGACCUCAGACCUUAGAAGGCAUAGAAUCAGCCGCUCCAGGGUUUUCAUAAUGUGUGAAGUGAGGGACACUGGUCUGUAGUCAUUGAGUUCAGCAGGACAUUUUGUUUUUGGUACUGGCACAAUGCAGGAUGUUUUCCACAGAGUAGGCACCCGCCCCAGCUGUAGACUCAGGUUGAAGAUCUUGUGGAGAGGUUGACACAGUUCUGCAGCACAGUCUCUAAGCAGCUUUGGAAACGCACUCUCUGGACCAGGACAAAGUCUUCCAAGCUCAAUCCUCAUCCCUAUUUCGGUGACAGACAAGAACUGGAAGCUGCAGUGAAGUUGCAAUGAAGCUGCAGAUAGGAUGGCCAAGAAAGCAUUAAAUAUGGGGCAUAUAAUUAAUGUAGCAUUUGGCAAAAGAGAAGGUAAAGCACUGAUUACAAGGAAAGUAUCAGAACUUUGGUAAAGGAUGUGGGAUGAAGAUAACAAGGGUAGAACAUACUCCAGAGUACAAAAAUCAAUCAGUGUACUAAGUAUUAACCCUAUAUGGUAUGCAUUACGAUCCUAAUGGGUUAAAAACAUAUAUUUGUGCUGUUUUUCCAGCCUAAGAUAUGACAUUUUAACAAAAUCAAUACAAUUUAAAAAACAAUAAGUUUUAAAAAAAAAUUAUUGCCUUUCGGGAACAUGUUCCAAAAUAGAAAAAAAUAUAACAUUUAAUGUCAUCAACAGAAAAAAUAACCUUAUUUCUUUACAACAUGUAUUUCUUUGAUCAAAAACUUAAACUAAGAGAUCUAUUUAGUUCCCAGAACACAACAUAAUUUAUACUUCACAAAAAGGCACCUAACAUAUUCAGGGAGGCCUCACUUUCUUUCGACAAGGUCAACAAUUAAAUGUUGCCUCAAGGCAACACUAUACCAAAGAGGGUUAAAGGAAAAAGAAGAAGAGAAAAAGUAGUCUUAACAAGGUUGAGAUUUGGCCACAUUGGAUUAAAUAAAAAACAAAAUUUAAUGGGAAAAAUACACAAAUGUGAUCACUGUAAUAUGACAGAAAAUGUAGCCCAUGGAAUGCGCCAAGUAUCAGGAAGAAAGGGAAAGACAACAGCAGAGGGUGAGAGGGGCUGGCUGAGAAUUUGAGUCAGAAGAGAUUUUAGGUGCAAAAGGGAGAUCAACACAAGGGAACUGUUUAAGUUUUUGAGGGACACUGGGUUAUUUAACAGAAUACAACACAAAAUAGUUUUUUGUGUGUGCCUGGGUGUUUUUUUUUUCCUUAUUUAUCUGUACACUUACUUUACAGUCUUUAUUGAUGACUGAUUAAGAUAAAACUUUCAUCAUUCAAUAUACUCCGGUACAGUAGGUGGCGGUAUGCACCUAAAGUUGAUUUACAUUAUGCCAAUAAAUUCAAUGAAGAAGAAGUUGGCGAAUUCAAAAACAGCCGCAUUCCGGCGCACGCAGAUGUCUCAGGUUUCUGUUGACGACAGUUAGCCUGGAGCCCAGCUGGUCCUCCAUCACUGCGAUCACCGGAGAGUCCAGACGAACUUACCCGCCCCCCUCGUCACUUAUCCCGGCAGUAUACGGACGAGCGCCGUGGUCUGUAGACCCCAUCUUUUAUCCUCAGUGUUUUGGCUGUUCUGAUUUUCCUGGAGUUAAAGUAAGGCGGCCAUGAUGGCAGAGGGAGCGGACUGCGGCUCCGUCGGCACCGCGAAGAGGAGGCAGCCCGCCGGGAGGAAGAGCAGACAGAGCCAGCACAGGAAGAGCUCCAGCGGCAGGGUACGGUCUUCUAUGAGGGCUCACAGCUAACGGUUAGCUGUCCGCUGUCCGAGGGAGUUUUAUUGAGGAGACAAAAGUUUACGGGGAAAACUUAAACUAAACCAAUAGCACAUAAAAAUGUACAGAGGGCUUUUUAAAUCAAAAUUGUUACGUUUUUAUUAGUUUUACCUCCUGAAAGACGACCGAUAAAUCUGUGCGAGGGUAUAGUCUGCUAACUCAGCAACAGGCUAAUGCUUACACAACACACAAAAAGUUCCAGACCACCAGUGUUUCAGUCAAAUUCGCGACCCCUCGCAGUAUUAGCGUCUGAUUAGAUUUUCACAUUUAUUUUAGACCCUUAAUAAAGUAAACUAGACAGAAAAACCGUUUUUACAUAGAGCCAAAAUCCUGAUACAAGACGAAAUGUAAACAAACAGCAGAGAUAGAUGUAAUGAUUGAAAAUAAAAGAGAUAAAAGUUAAAAUAAUGAUUUCAGGCAGCUUUUAUUAAACUCUGAAUUGAUGAAGUCAUACGAGGGGUAGGUCGAUUAUGGCAAACAUAACAAUUCCGAUUAUUUUGACGAUAUUGAAAUCACAAUUAAUAAACAUGAUAAUGCAUUGAUUUCAAAACUUUUUUGAAAUCAAUGAAUUUAUUGAACUAACUUAUCUUUAUUGAAUUAACAACACUUAAUUGAACUAACAAAACCUAACUUUAAAUAUAACUCAAAAGAACAGAGAAAUAAAUUAGUUAUAAGUAUGAAAAUAAUAACAAUAGUAAAUUACAAUGAUAUGACAGUGCAUUAGGGCCACAUUAAGAAAAGAAAAAGUUUUAGACCUCGGAAUUACUUACGAGAAUAAAGUCAUAGUAAAAUAAUUAUGUACGAGAAUAAAGUUGUAACAAAAUCAUUUCUUAUGAGAAUAACGAUGUAAUAAAAUCAUUACUGAUGAGAGUAAAGUCAUAAUUAAAUGAUUACUGACGAGAAUAAAGUUGUAAAGUAAAUGAAGUCUUUAAGCUGCUUUUGUGGAGGAGGUAAUGUCUGGAACUGGUUAACUGCAGAGUUAUCUGUGGGUGCAUCAGUGGGCCAUGCAGAGGGCUUUUGUGGUCUCUCAAAAAACAAUCCAACUGAUGAUCAACAUUUGCGAUUCAGAGGGAGUCGAGCUCCGACGAUCACCACGUCUGUCUCUGAUGCCGGCACAACACCGGCAACAACCUACACCUGCAGAGUAAGGGUGUGGAAAAUAAUCUAAAUUAAUCGAUGCAUGGAUGCGCAUGUGCGCGAUGUGACUGCGUCGGCUCAUUCACUGGGUAUUGAUGCAAUUGACGGGUUAAAUCUAGAUUCAUCUAGAUGUGUUGGUGGGUAUUGGUAAAAUCCGAUGCAAGCGCCGUUUUAUUCAGGUUAAACUUCACCCCAUCGGCUGUUCCCCAGGCGCAAUGAAUGCACCAUCAUUAUUUCGCGUUUUGUAUUGAAUACGGACGGAAGCCGUGAGGGACAUACAAUGCACUACUAGUAAAACAGCAUGGACCACGUUCAAGUGAGCAGCAGCGAGGAAGAGUUUAUAUGUAAUGCAUCGGCUACGUUUAAAUCAUAUGUUUGGAAACACUACGGAUUUGCAAGAAAGACGGAAAGCUCGACAAAACGUCCGUCAUUUGCAAAGAAUGUCGUGUUAAGAAGCCGUACAACGGCAGCACGACAAACAUGCAGACCCACUUAAAAAGAGAACACCACAUCACCGACAAGUCUAACGCCACCUCCCCUCCCUUAACAUUGAUUGCACUGUUGAAAGUGUCACUUUAGGUUACUCAUUGAGAGUGUUUUGUUGUUGCUGACUGUACUUUUUACAACAGUAAUUAUUGUGUAAUUGUUUUACUCUUUUAUUAUUGCAGAACUUACUCAAGUCACUGAUUUUCAGUGGCCAGUUAGAAAGUCAACUCUAGCACAUUGGUUUGGCAGACAGUAGUAUGGCCAUUGAAUGGUUUAUUUGCACCAUGUUAGGCAGUGCAUUAGUUGUUUAAUAAUGUGCACUGUAAUAUUACCCAACAAGUAUAGAGCACUUGUGUGAUGUAGGGUUGGGAUUGGAAUCCUUUUUUUUAUUAUUUUUUUAUUUUAUUGAUUCAGAUUCCUUAACAGUUGCAGGAGGUCUGUUUAAUCUGUGUAACUGUACAAAAUGGAACCCAAAGGAGCAUAGAAAAAAGACAAAAAGCACUUUUGUUGAAUUUACUGCCAAGUGCCUUUAAGGAAAAAAGCCAAAUCAUUUUUGUAGUACCAUACUGAAUUCCAUCUUUUAUUUUUGUUUCUUUUUUUUCUUUGCUUAUUGGCAUCAUGUUGAAUUGCAUCAUAUCGCAACAAAUUGCAUCAUAUCGUAUCGGAUCACAUUGAUUUGAACUAAAUGAUUAUCGUAUCGCAUCAUGAACACUUUAUGGCAUAUAGAUUCAUGCGAUAAACUAAAGCCAUAUGCUAUUGCUAUUGCUAGAGGGAUUUAGCCUCUGCACAGCCAUUUCCCCCUCCUCAAAAACAGCAAUUCCCUACAAGUCUGCCUGGUUCUUUCUGUGGAAAAGAUGCAUUUCUUGCAUAUGUCCUAAUACUUAUAACAAUGUGAUGCUGAAACGCCAAAGGAUUUAUCUCCUUGUUUGUGAAACCUAUCUACUGAAGUUCAGUUCAUCUAAAUGCUCCAUGGCGCUCAUUUAAACAACUAACAACAGGCUAGAAUAUCUAUUAGCAAUGACUUUAUUCUUGUAAGUAAAGAUUUUAUUAUGACUUUAUUCUCUUGAGUAAUUAUUUAUUACGACAUUAUUCUCGUAUGAAAUGAUAUAAUUAUGACUUUAGUCUCGUAAGUAAUGAUUUUACUGUGACUUUAUUCUUUUAAGUAAUUCUGAGGUCUAAAUUUUUUUCAUUUUUUAAUGUGGUCCUAAUACUCCGUCGUACAAUAGUGAUAGCAAUAAAAAAUAAAAAUAAUUACCUGAUCUACAUGCAGUUCCGCAAAACUUGCAACAUGACCCCCAAAAAACCCACUAAUAACACAGCCCCAAAACAAAAGGCUCUUCUAAGGUAUUUCUAAAACCUUUUUGUAAAAAACAAACAAAAAGGACUGGCCACAAAGUGCUUUACUCCCUCAGCCGACCUUCCUGCAGUUUGCCUCCUACAAACGACAAACAUUGCAAACAAUUUCCUUUUGCUCGAUGUCUGUCAACUCGAAGCAAAAAUGUUUUCAGAUAACUGAAGUUGCCCUACCUUUCUUCUCAACCAAAGGCUGCCGUUCUGUCAUGUUUUCAAUCCCUCAUAUUAUUGAUUCACACAUCAUGCAUCUUGCGGCAGCUGCACGUAACAAGGGUAGCCUGGCUGGGCCAUCCUGUUGCGUGAAUCACUUGCCGUUCCUUCGCACAACAGUCUGGACUUUGGCCCAUUGGGAGCGUGUAUUAGCGAUCAGAAAAUAACCGGGCCAAUCAGUGACUGUGUUUCCACUGUUUCCCGGGAACUUACAUACACGCUGCGCCGUGCAGCCAGUAAUAGUUUUUCUUCAAUUAUAAUAUUUUUAUGGAAGUGAGAAGCCAAAAUCGAAAUCAUGGUAAAAAUUCGAUUUACACAGUAAAUAUAAAUCUUUUAUUUUUUUCUAUUUAAAUAUAUAUUCGAAUUUAGAAUAUUCAUUGACAGCCCUAGUCGCGUAUCUCAUAUUACUUUGCGUAUUCUUUAUCUAUAUUGGCUACAGUGCUCAGCAGUGCUAUUUCUGUAAUGAUUACAAUAGCUGGUGUUGGCUUUUAUUUUGUUUACUUGAAAUUUUAGUUCUACAGUGUUAACAAACAUCAUUAAAGUCUGACAUCCAAUCACACCACUGCUUCACGAUGCACUUUCCUCUCUCUCUCUCCCUUCCUGCACCUAGAAGCUUGAGUAUUGAUUGGCUGUCAGUGUAGCCAAUCAAUGGGGACUGUAGGUGGGUUAUUGUUGCACAGCAGAAGAGUGGUGACUUCAGGCAGAGAGAGGCAGCUGUGUAAGAGCCAAAUUAGCUCGUUUUAAGAUAGACUUAUUUUUUCAGCUGGGAAAAAAAGGUGCAAUAUCGAUUAUUAUAAAAAUGCUGAAUAGUGGCCGAUAUUAUCAGCUGUGCCAAAUAUUUGUCAAUCCUUAUUAUGAAGUGGGUGAUCCAUGUUCUUAAGAAUAGUCUCCACCUUCGUCAGUGUAGAUCUCUCCACCACAUCCUCCACUGAGUCCAGCUUGAGUCCUACUACAGAGCCAGCCUUUUUCAACAGUUUGUUAAGACGUCUUGCAUCUUUGUGUUUGAUGCUUCCCCCACAGCAGACUGCAGCGUAGAACAGAACACUUGCCACCACAGACUAAUAAAACAUCUGCAGCAUCUAACUACAGAUGUCUAUUGAUCAGAGUCUUCUCAGGCAAAAGAGGCAGCUCUGCCCCUUUCUGUAGAUUAAGUCUAUGUUCUUAGACCAGUCCAACUUAUUAUUCAGAUGUACACCUAUGUAUUUAUAUGAUGUCACCACUUCAAUGUCCACUCCACAGGUGCUCACUGGCUAAGGAGGGGGUUUGGAUCUACGGAAGUCUAUGACCAUCUCCUUUGUCUUUGAGGUGUUGAGGCGGAGGCAGUUUUUGUGACUCCAUUCACUGAAGGCUCUUACCAGAUCUCUGUAUUCAGCUUCUUGUUCAUUUCUGAUACAUGCCACAAUAGCUGUGUCAUCUGAGUAUUUCUGGAUGUGGCAGGACUCAGUGCUGUAUUUGAAGUCUGAUGUAUAAGAUAAGAUAUACCUCUAUUAUAUACCUCUAUAUAUACCCACAGGGGAAAAUUCCAUAAAUUACAGCAGCAUAGAUACAAAUACAAAAGAGAAAUUAAAGUAUGAACAGGAAUGCAGCCAGCACUGUCCCUUGUGGAGCCCCUGUACUGCUUAAUAAUGUCCCAGAAACACAAUUCCCCAGCCUGACAAACUGUAGCCUUCCUGUCAGGUAAUCUGCGAUCCAGGAAACACAGGAAGGAUCCACUCCCAUCUCUGUGAGCUUGUCUUUGAGUAUGGUGAGUUGGAUGUUGUUGAAUGCACUUGAAAAGUCGAAGGCAUACGCAGACAUACUUAUGACGUACAUCUACGUCAUACGGGGUGGCAGAAGUUGAGCCAGCGCUGUUUUCAGGCUAGGAGAGAUGCAUAAGCUAGCAUCCAAGAGAAUGUGCAGCGUCCACAUUACUACCUACCCUCAUUUUGAAGAACGCAGAUAUUUGUCUAAUGGAGUGUUGAACAUUUGGGGCAGUUCAGUGCUAACAUGUCUCCUGAUAUUAGUAGUAUUAUUAGUGCCUCAGGGUGUUGAGUGUGUAGCCUAGCAACACCAUUUUACAAAUGAUUGCACAGAAUUUCAGCCAUUGACUUAGGUGGGAUGUAUACAUAGUACUGUUAUUACAUGUAUUCACAGAAGACAGUCCUUGCAUAACACAACAGUAUGUUAUCAAUGCUGCAGCAUCUCCACCAAAGGCACUUUGUUUACUCCAAGAGCGGAGGACCUGAGACAAGGUAAAAUUUAGCGUAGCAGACAUGUCCUAGACCAUAAUAUGUGUGCGCUGAGUUGUCGUCUGUAGCCUACAAUUGGAUGACUGCCCCCCCUUCAAAUUGAUCAUACACAGCCGUAAACACGAGUCAGCCCCUCCACACCUUUAAUCCAAUUAUUCAAUAGAAUUUCCAGUAGAAUACUCAAUUAUUAAUUUAUUCGAUAGCUGCAGACCAGACUUACAGCAACCUCAUGCAUCAUUCAGAUUUUCAAUAAUGCAGCAAUAACUGUGUCCCUUAAAUGUGCCAUACAGAUAAAGGUUUGACAUGAUUGUAGCGCAAUACUGCUAAUCAAGUACGCUACAAAAUCUGUAGUUGUUCAGGAAAUUAAGUGGUGGUUGGAUAUCGAAAGGCACGCACUCAUAAUGUGUAAAGACAGACGAUGGCUUAUCCAUCACAGCUGGAGGAUGUGGUAAACGGGAGACUCUGGGGGGAGUGGAGAAUGUGCCACCACCUGAUUUCAGUGUUGCUCAAGAUGUCGACCCCCCAUCCUCUGAAGCAAAUGCUGCUGCUGUGCUGCGGUUGUAUGUUCACAAACUGUGUCAGUCUUGCACCGAUGCAGGGCUUGAAGACCUCCGGCAUGGUGCCGGAAAUCCCACUCGGGAUUUUUUUUUCUAAAUCAUGUCAACGAAAAAAAUAAAAUCCUAGUUGGAACUGGAUAUCACCUAUAGAGGACAGCAAUACGUUUAAUAGCCUACAUCCUGCCGGAGAAAAAGAUGAAGAAGAAGCGGAAGAAAAGGACGCAUCAGUGAGCGGCGAACUGCAAAUUUCAAACGAUGGAUGUCAGGUACAUCAAUCCAGGAGAAGAAACGGUGAUAUUGGAAGCUGGGCUUGGGCGGAAGAGGCUGUAAAAGAUGGAAAGCCCCAUGGUGGCUGGUGCCGACAAAUGAAAGAGCCAGGUGCUUGUUUUUGUGUGUUGUGUGCCAGAAAGUUUAUUUAUGUCAGCAGUGGGAGAAAGUCUGGUAAAGUUGGAAAGAUAUACACAGUUUCGGACUUCCGGGAUCAAUAACUCUGAGACGAACGUUGUCCAAACACAAAUGAUGCCUCUGUCCUGUUGUAAUAGCACAGACUACUAGCUACAAGAAUCAAAAAACGAUUUGUUUUACAAAAACAAAUCGUUCUUUGAGCUGGAUGAAUAAUACUGAUCGCUAUGCACAGCCAGUAGCCGGGCGAGUGCAUAGGGAUUGUCUGCAAAUUACAUUACAAGAGCAAGACGCUGCAAACAAAAAUCAAUAGCUCCACUGUUAUACAGGAGUGACCCCAAAAUCACCACACACACCAAGGGACUCUUCGUACUACAAAACCCAAUUCCAUUGAAGUUGGGAAAUUGGGAUAAACGUAAAUAAAAACAGAAUACAAUGAUUUGCAAAUCUUUUUCAACCUAUAUUAAAUUGAGUACACUACAAAGACAAGAUAUUUAAUGUUCAAACUCAUAAACUUGAAUUUUUUUUGCAACUAAUAAUUAAUUCAGAAUUUCAUGGUUGCAACACAUGCCAAAGUAGUUGGGACAGGGGCAUGUUUACCACUGUGUUACAUCACCUUUACUUUAAACAACACUCAAUAACUGUUUGGGAACUGAGGAGACUAAUUGUUGAAGCUUUGAAGGUGGAAUUCUUUCCCAUCCUUCCUUGAUGCAUAGCUUCAGUUGUUCAACAGUCCUGGGUCUCCAUUGUCGUAUUUUACGCUUCAUAAUGCACCACACAUUUUCAAUGGGAGACAGGUCUGGACUGCAGGCAGGCCACGCUGUUGCAACAUGUGCAGGAUGUGGCUUGACAUUGUCUUGCUGAAAUAAGCAGGGGCGUCCAUGAAAAAGAGGUUGCUUCGAUGGAAGCAUAAGUUGCUCCAACACCUGUGUGUACCCUUCAGCAUUAAUGUUGCCUUCACAGAUGUGUAAGUUACCCAUGCCUUGGGCACUAAUGCACCCCCAUACCUUCACAGAUGCUGGCUUUUGAACUUUGCGCCAAUAACAGUCCGGAUGGCUCUUUUAUUCUUUGGCCCGAGGACACAACGUCCACUAUUUCCAAAAACAAUUUGAAAUGUGGACUCGUUAGACCACAGAACACUUUUUUUACCUCCGCCAAGGAGGUUAUGUUUUCGGUAGCGUUGGUUUGUUGGUUGGUUGGUUUGUUUGUGAGUUUGUUUGUCUGUGAACAACUUUACGGAGAAAGUUACAGACGGAUUGACCUGAAAUUUUCAACAGAGGUGCGUCUCAGCCCCAGGAGGAUCCCAUUACAUUUCUGGAUCCAGGAAUUUUUUGAAGGAUUCUUUAUCAUUGUGAGAUAGGGCAAAUUUUGGAAUUAUUGCAUUUAACUCUAUAAAAAUGGCCAGAGUCUUUAGUAAAAAAUUACUCAAAAGGAUCUCAAUGAGUUUUAUGAGGUGUCAAAGGUUGAUCCUGAUCCAGACAAAUUUCCGGAUACUGUGAUCCAGAACACACAAAAAUAAGGGUGUCGUUGGAAUUUUCAAUGCUGAAAGAUAACUAAUAGGCGGCACAGUGGUGUGGUGGUUAGCACUGUCGCCUCACAGCAAGAAGGUCCUGGGUUCGAAUCCGGGUCAGGGCAUUUCUUGUUUUAGGAACAUUAUGAACAGUGAACAUACCAGUUUAAACACAAAUAAAAGUUAAUAAAAGACACGUAACAUUAAAAGUUUUGGUGUGAAUCACAAUAUAAGGGGGGACAUGAGCUGCUUGGCGGAGGUCUGCGCUCUCCGAGUGCUUUUCUAGUUCUCUUUGCAUCAGUCCAUCUUAGAUGAGCUCUGGCCCAGAGAAGCCAGCAGCGUUUCUGGAUGUUGUUGAUAAAUGGCUUUCACUUUGCAUAGUACAGUUUUAACUUGCACUUACAGAUGUAGCGACGAACUGUAUUUACUCACAGUGUUUUUUUGAAGUUUUCCUGAGCCCAUGUGGUGAUAUCCUUCACACAUUGAUGUCGGUUUUUGAUACAGUGCCACCUGAGGGAUCGAAGGUCAUGGGCAUUCAGUGUUGGUUUCCGGCCGUGCCGCUUACGUGCAGUGAUUUCUCCAGAUUUUCUGAACCUUUUGAUGAUAUUAUGGACCGUAGAUGUUUAAAUCCCUCAAUUCCUUGCAAUUGUACUUUGAGAAACAUUGUUCUUAAAGUGUUUGACUAUUUGCUCACGCAGUUGUUCACAAAGUGGUGAACCUCGCCCCAUCCUUGCUUGUGAAUGACUGAGAAUUUUUGGGGAAACUGCUUUUAUACCCAAUCAUGGCACCCACCUGUUCCCAAUUAGCCUGCUCACCUGUGGGAUGUUUCAAAUAGGUGUUUGAUGAGCAUUCCUCAAAUUUCUCAGUAUAUUUUGCCACCUUUCCCAACUUCUUUUGCACAUGUUGCUGCCAUCAAAUUCUGAGUUAAUUAUUAUUUGCAAAAAAAAAAGUUUAUGAGUUUGAACAUAAAAUAUCUUGUCUUUCUGUUGCAUUCAAUUGAAUGUGGGUUAAAAGGAUUUGCAAAUCAUUGUAUUCUGUUUUUAUUUAUGAUAUAUUAUAUUAUAUAUUUAUCAUAUAUUUUGUUUAUGAUAUUAAUGAUUUAUGAAUCAUUAAUAUCCAAUAUUAAUCAAUAGCUCCACUGUCAUAUACUGUAACCCCCCACCCACCCCCCCCACACACACACACACACACACAAAAAAAUUCAGGCACAGGAUUUUUUUCUGCCUCAAGCCCUGCCAAUGCCAAUCUUCAGGCACCUCUUGAUUCAAUUAUGAUUCAGGGGCAACCAUUUGAUUUAAAAUGAUUAUCAAAUUAUUUUCAUCCACUACUAAAUACAGACUAGGGUUGCAAAAUUCUGGGAAUUUUCAAAAUUGGAAACUUUCCACAGGAAUUAAUGUGAAUAUAUGGGAAUAAAUCUAAAACUUACUAAAUUAAAGGUUGGCUCUCAACAGGGAACUUAAAUAUAGUUGGGGAAAAUACAUUGUAGUUUAAUCUUGGCUAAAACAACCAUAUUUCAUGCAAGUACACUCCUCAAUCACAUGCACACAGCACAAUGCUUACUGCGGGGCUAUUGAGGUCACAUCCCCUACAUGUACUGUACAUUCCUCCAUCACAUGCACAGAUGAUUUCUUGAACCCUGGAGGACACACUUUUGAGUCCAUGGACUACAUAAAGUUAAGUAAGUUUUGAUAAUAUUAUGGGGUAAAUAUAUUUGAUCUAUAAUAGAAUUAAUAUUUUAUUUAAAAAUUAAAUAAAAAUAGGUGCUAAAUGUAAGCUAUUUUUCAUUUCACUGACCAUUUAAGGGGCUAGCUUAUUAUGGUGGUGGUAGCUACCUCAAAUGUGAUGCUGUUUCUUCUAACUACUGCAAGACGUUUUUUUGUAACCAUACAAUAAUUUUAUACAUCAAUUGUCCAAUAUUUUGAAGACCAUUCCAUUUGUUUAGCCAACUAUAUUUCUAUUCUGCCAUUAUUCAUUACCAUUAAUUGUAUUAUUUUGUAUGGAUGUCUGCUUAUGACAAAACAAAAACAUUUACAUUUAUGUUUGGAUAUGAUACAGUUUGUUUAAAUUACCCCCAAUUUCCAGUUAAUUCCCAUAAAUUCCCAAGGAAAAUUUCCAAUUUGGAAUAUUUCCAAAAUUCCCCAGCUUUACUUCCCAUGGAAAGUUCCUGGAAAUUUAUCAGAAAUUACUGAAAAUUUUCCGCCCCUUUGCAACCCUAAUACAGACAUAAGUCCUUGGCAGUAAAUGAUACAAUAGACUUUGUGAUUCGUUUUGCCUUUUCAGAGGAGAGUGACAGCUUUGGAAUUACUUGCUCAAUUGUUCUCUGGUCAAUGGAGGCAGGCAUCUUCCCUCCUUCUUCUGGUGGAAAUAUGUGGUUUGCCUUCUAAUAUUUGUGGUGCAAAAAUAUUUUAUUUUAGUGUGACACAGCUUACAUAUAGCUGGGCUCUUGUCUAGUUCAGUUUUGCCGUCAACUUUGUGGAAUCCAAAGUAGGGCCGAACGAUUUUGGAAAAUAAUCUUAUCGCGAUUUUUUUCCUUAAUAUUGCAAUUGCAAUUUAAUGUGCAAUCAUAUGAUAAUUGCCAGAAAGAACAACUUACUUAUAAUUAAUCUGAUAUUGCUUACUGUAAUACAGAUUGAUUUAUUGUUGUGUUGAAAAACACAUUAGAGGAGAACCUUGAAAAAAUAAUUGCAUAUUUAAUCGCAAUCGCAAUAUUGAGGAAAAAAAUAAGAUAAGCGAUAAGGUUAUUUUCCCAAAUCGUUCAGCCCUAGCCCUAUUACAAAGUGCUUCCACACACUGGCUUUUAAUCCAGAUGGAGCUGGUUGGAUCUCACGGUCAGCCAUGCUUAUUUGUUAUGAGCUCCCUGUAAAGUGUACAGAUGACUAUGUGCUGCACUACUGAGUUCUGCGAUUUUGUUCCGCCUAUUUUACAUUAUUUUACAUGACUCUGUAAAGCUCAUCAAGUUUGCGGAUGACACCACCCUCAUCGGACUCAUUUCGGAUGGAGAUGAGUCUGCCUGCAGGAUGGAGGUGGACAGGCUGGUGACCUGGUGCAGCAGCAACAAUCUAGAGCUCAACGCCCAGAAGACAGUGGAGAUGAUUGUGGACUUCAGGAAAGCCACAGCCCCCCUGCCCUCUCUCGACCUCAUCGACUCUCCCAUCACCACUGUGGACUGUUACUGCUUCCUCAGCACCACCAUCACCCAGGACCUCAAGUGGGAGCCAACCAUCAGCUCCCUCAUCAAGAAGGCCCAGCAGAGGAUGUACUUCCUGCGGCAGCUGAGGAAAGCCAAGCUGCCGGUCCAGCUGACGGUGCAGUUCUACACGGCCAUCAUCGAGUCUGUCCUCAGCUCCUCCAUCACGGUGUGGUACGCCGGGGCCACUGCCAGGGACAGACACAGACUGCAGCGCAUUGUGGGCUCUGCUGAGAAGGUGAUUGGCCGUAGCCUUCCAUCUCUCCAUGACCUGUACGUCUCCAGGACUCGGGGCCGAGCAGGUUGGAUCGCAGCUGACCCUUCUCAACCUGCACAUGGACUAUUUGAGACACUCCCCUCAGGCAGAAGGCUACGGUCCAUUUGGACCAGAACCUCCCGCCAUAAGAACAGUUUCUUCCCCUCUGCCGUUAGACUCAUGAACACUUUAUAACUCAGUCACUUUAACUCCGUCACUUUAUCACUGGUCACUUUAGUUUAAUGUACUUUGGAUUUUUUAAUUGCACUCCUCCCACUACACUGUUGUUCUAGAUUGUUUAGUUGUACAUAGCCUUUUAUACUUAUUGCACAUAGCAUUGUACAUAACCUUUUAUACUUCUAUAUUUUUAUACUUUUAUACUUUAUAUAUUUCUUGCAUGCUCUUAUUAGUUUUUAUUCUAGUAUUUUAUAUUUCUCUCUGUUUAUUGUUGCACCAUCAUGCCAAAACAAAUUCCUAGUCUGUGAAUCCUGUUCAGUGGCAAUGGCAAUAAAACCCCUUCUGAUUAUUUAACAUUUAAAUAAUCUGAUUCAGAAUCAUCCACACCUGAAUUGGGAUGCAUCUAAGAAUUGAUUUUUUUCCCCCAACUCUUACUGUUGAUACACUUUUGAUUUCCCACAACUCCUUGGCCAUUGAUGUGAUUGUGUCCCUCUGGGCUUGCAGGACUGGGUUUGUGAGGACGUGGCUGCUGCGGGAGGGUGCACAAGGUGCUGUGGAGUCACCAGCCUCAUCAGUUGAUGGUGCUCCAACCACAGCUUCAGCACCACCAACCCAGCUGAAACACCCAAGGAUUGAAAAAAAAACAUUAUAUAACUUUAAAUAAAGUUAACUAUUGUGGAUUGCGUACCAAAUGUUUGUACAUUGUCAUUUUUAAUAUUUCAAACAAGAGAAUAGUUACCUUCAUUCGGUGCUUCUGGCGCAAUUUGGUGCAUCCGUGUCCCCCUCUGCCCCUCUGUCACCACAUCAGGAGGGAUUCCCUAAUGAUCCCCACCAGCUUUUCCUCUGUGGGGGUGAGCUCCAGUGUGCCCUUUCCCCCACCUGUCACACAGACACUCUUUUUCUGUGGAGGACAAUACGCCUUUUUGCCUACACUUUAAUGUUGGACCGUUUCUUGUAUUUCUUCCCUUUUAUUUCUUUAUGAGGCAACCUUAUUCACAACAUCAGCCACAUGCCUCCACAGUUUUGCCUUUCUGGCAUUAGUGAUUCUCAGACUGUGCCUAUCAAAGAAGACACUUAUCUACCUUACCUAUUCUCAAUCUCACAUUAAGUCUAAUUUCCCUUUCUCGCUUGUUUCCCGUCUUGGUCCAUCGUGAAAAUGGUAUCAUUCAAUAUUCAUUAAGGGUGUACACUUGCCCUUUUUAUCGGCAUCCUGUUGGCGGGGCAAAGCAUUCCCUCACAUGCGACAACAUUACAGUUGACUGUGAUUUAUAAAUGGAAACAGGCGUACGAUGUGCGUGCGCACCCUGUGAUAAAUCUGGAAGUUGUUGUGCGCACGCAUUACCUGUGUUUUUGGCGUACGCCACCUGUAGUGAUCUUUCCUACACACCGUUAUAUGAUGCCUCAGGUGCUGUCCUUGGGAAACACUGUUGCUUAUGAGAUGGAUGGUUUUACCAACAGAAGUCUGAGGCAAAGUGACAAUCAGGCUGAGUCGCCACCUCUGACUUUUAUGUGCAGCAAAAACCCUGUUUGAACUGAAAGAGCAAGUGUGUGUGUGUGUGUGUAUGUGUUAGGGAUGUUCCCAGCGGUUAAUUUUUACUGACAGUUACACGACCAUUUUGAAACUGAAUAUUCGAAUACACGAAAAUUAAUUAACUCCCAGAAAAUAGCCCAAAUUGAGCACAUCUCGAUCUAUAUGGCCAGAUAUCUGAAAUAGAUAUUAAGAGUAUUAAGUGAAAGUCAUGCUUAUAAUAUUAAAAUAUGUUACAGAAUCUUAUUUUAGCGCUGGAGAAUGACAUAAAGUAUGUGAAAGAUCAGAGCAAUUAAGCUCCACUCCGCUGCGCGGAAGCCAAGCAGCCUGCUGCGUCAUCGGCCUGCCUCACACCAUAAGCACAAAAUGAAGUGUGCCACCUUUAUCUAAAUCAAAAUUCUCCCAAUCUUUGCUCUUUAUUCUCACCUACAUCGCUCUGGCUGAUCGCAUGUGUUGAUUCACAUGUGUUGAAGUUAACCCACGAUGCGAUGCAUGCUGCAGGCCAGCGCUGCGAGCCCAGAGCAGCGAGCCAGGCAGAAAGAGUGAUGAUCCACACAUUUUAGCUAGUUUAACGCACACUUAUUAAGACAUGACGGUAAAAACGUAAUUUUAAAAAAAAGAAACUUUUUUUCGCUUUUUUCUUUUUUCCCCCCCCUUUUCUCUUUUUUUAUUUUAUAGAAUAAACGAAUAUUAUUUACUAACCCGAUAGUAAGGACAGCCCUGUUUACACGAAUAUCCGAAUAACCGUGCACAUCCCUAGUAUGUGUUAGGGCUCUCAAAAUUGCUCCAAAAUUACAUUUGAAUAUUCUUUUUAGAAAUAAAAUAGGUUUGAACAUAUUCGAAUAACUAGCUUACACAGCUUGCAUAUAACUUUAUCUCACUCAGCAUUUUUUUAUUUCCAACGUGUCUGCCCAAAACCCGAAGAAUUUCUAAAUGGAACUUCGAAAGUUUGUUCAAGUACAGCCCACUCUUUCCAGGUUUGGCUCCAAACAUCCCGCCAUCUCUCUCUGCAUGUGCCAUGGACAUUUUUUGUCGAGUCUCACUGCAGGUGCAGCUUCUGUUACCUGUCCCUGACCCGUCUUUACAGUGCGCCCACUCACAAAGCAGCUGCAGUUUUUUUCGUUUUGUUUUUUUGUUUGUUUUUUGUUUUCGCUUUUUUUUCCCACCCAGUUUUUUUUCCUGCUGUUUAUUUAAUAUUUGAAUAUUAAUUUUCACAUUUGAAUCUCGUCUUUUUAAAGAUUUUUGAAUAUAUAUUUGGAUUCAGAAUAUUAAUUGACAGCCCGACUAUAUGUGUGUUUUCUUUAGGUGCGUCUGGAGAAGGUUCUGGGUAUCUGCACAGCCAGCAGCAGUGGUGUGACCUCUGACCCCAACUCUGGGCUCAUUGCCUAUCCUGCAGGGUAAGAUAAUGAUAAAUCCUGUCUGGAUUUGAAAAAGUGCUUCAGAACCAAUAGUUGAUGUGUUUCCAACAUGUUUUCUGCAUCAGUCUUGUUACAUAUGUGCAGACCAAAAGUCCGCUGUGAUUGUUGUCAAAUAACCUGUCUGUGUUUGCUUGUAUGUCAGGUGUGUCAUUGUGCUGCUUCAUUCAAAAAAGAACAAACAGAGUCACAUCAUCAACACAUGCAGGUACGUCCUUAACAAUGAUUAAAAUCCUUCAAACACCUAUCAGUACUUUCACAUGUGUCACUGUGUUUGUGUGUCAGGAAACCCUUCAGCGCUCUGGCUUUCUCCCAUGAUGGGAAACACCUGGUCACUGGUGAGGUAAGUGCUGAUUUGCACACACUUAAGCACAAGAGGGGAAGCCAGAGUUAUCCCAAACAUUUAAAGUUGUAACACUGGUGAAAAAAAAAACGGAUAUUGAGACAAAACAUAUAGUAAAACCUGAUGGCAGCAGCAUGUCCCGUUCCGAUCUUUUCUAUUUUCUACUUAGUGUUCUCAGCGGUCUUUAAGUUGUGAUUAUAAAGUUUUUUUGCCAAAAUCACAUUACCUGUGCCUUUUUCAGGGCUUUUCUUCUGCAGAGCUCCAGUAGCUCAUUAGCAAUUUGCCUCCGAGUCGUGGGUGAAGACAGCGCUGCUCUGCACACUCCUCUUCAUGCUAUCUUGCAACCUAACAUUGCCGGUGUAGUAGAAGUGACAGGUGACAUAGGAGCUAUUCAACUCAUGUACACUAAUGUCUUUAGGGACACGAUGAAAGUCUAUAUCAUAUUUAGUUUUCUUGCAACUGCAAUCUACUACCGCAAACACUUGUUCCGCCAUUGUCCUCUCUACCUCUUGAAGUCUGGCCUGCAUAGUGGGGCGCCAGGGGCGGAGCAUAGAGUUGUGACAUACAAAAUCCUGCUGUGUCUGAACCUGCCAUUUGGGUCUGCCAGAGUUUCACAGUGAUUUGAAUGCAGAAAUACUCAGAAAUGCAAUUUUGCACUUAGUCUUCUCAUGAUAUGUCCUGUAGUAUCAGAAAAAUGCCAUAUGAACAUGUAGACAAAAAGAAAAACAUGAUUUUCAUCGGGGUGGGGCUUUAAAGAGGAACAAACAAACAGAUAAAACGUUUUUUUUUUUAAAAUGGGGUUGUAAAUGGUGUGUUUAUGUGUGUUUCAGAGUGGUCACAUGCCCUGUGUGCGGGUGUGGGAGGUGGGUGGAGAACAGGCUGCCAAGGUUCAGUCUCAUAAAUAUGGAGUUUCCUGUGUGGCGUUCUCCACCAACAGCCGUUACAUCGUCUCCGUGGGAUACCAACAUGACAUGACCGUCAGUGUGUGGGACUGGAGGGUGGGUGUCCACACACACACACACACACACACAGUCUUGCUGCUCUGUUGUAAUGUACAUUUCUAAAACCAAUAACUGUCAUGAUGUUUUACUCUAAAUGGUUUUCUUUGCUUAUUAUUCAGAAAGGUUCUGUCAUCGCCUCAAACAAAGUGUCCAGCAGAGUCUUUGCUGUCUCCUUCUCUCAAGACAACAGCUACUUUGUCACAGCAGGAAAUAGACACGUCAAGUUCUGGUACCUUGAUGCCUCCAAAGAAAAGCGGGUACACGUGAUCUCCUAUCAGCCAAUCACAGCUCAGCGCUCACUGCUUUGAAGUCUAUAUAGUAUAUUUUACAGAAGUCUAAGCCAACAGAAUUACCUUCAUCUCUCUCGAUCCAGGUAAACAGCACAGUGCCUCUGGUCGGUCGGUCAGGGUUACUAGGAGACCAUAAGAACAGUGUCUUCAGUGGAGUAGCAUGUGGGCGUGGCCUCAUGGCAUCCAGCACCUACUGCAUCACAAGUUCAGGUCUGCUGUGUCUGUUCAACAGCAGCCGACAGCUGGAGGCCUGGGUCAACCUGAAGGUCAGAAAAUACCUGUGCAAGACAAAAACACACACUAACAAGUAAAAUACUCACCUUUGCCACUGGGAAAUACGCCUGUAGAUUUGAAGAAAAAAAAAAAAGACACGUUAAUAAGACAAAAACUCACCUCUACAAAAAAAAUAAAACACACACACCUCUAUAGAUGGGAAACACAUCUGUGGAUUAAGAAAAAAACACCAAUAUAAAAAAAACACACCUUUUAUAGGAUGAAAACACACAUCAACUGCAAGGAAACACACCACGCCAAGAAAUACAAUUGUACCUUAAGUUACACACCUGUAUGGACAGAAAGGAUGUGAGGAUGACAUCCUCACAAGGCAUAAAAUUAAGUUUGGGUCAAACACACUAUUACAUCGAGUUAGACACCCCCUUGAGGGAUGAAUGUUGCAGAACGCUUACUUCAUCAACAGUACAUAUAGGGUCCCAGCCAUAGCACUAGCUACCAAACAUCUUUUUAGCUUUUAGCUUUUAGCCUGGUUUCUUUGGCAAAGAGACCAAACACAACUCACCUACUCUUUUCCAGCAGCCACUUGUUUGUACAGAGGCCUCAGACGAGUCCAGCGCUGGAGAUUGCAGUGCAGCUCAAGAAAGAACAUUUAUGAUCAGUAAAGGAACUCAAGAAUUAUAUAGAGGAUAAUUAUAAUGGCGAGGUGUUCCUGUCUGUGCUGUGGGAUGCGUUAAAGGCUGUAGUGAAAGGAAAAACAAUAGCCAAAUCAGUGUAUUUAAGGAGAUAAAACAGUUAAAACUAGAAACACUUAAAUCUGAUCUGAACAAGCUAGAAAGAGAAUAUAAAGAUAAAUAAAUUGGAAGAACAAACAAAUAAGGAAAUGGAAAAAAAGAGCAGAGAUACAUUGGAUUUAUAUGCAGGACAUCCCAAAAAAUAUAGUUCAUAAAACAAAGAUAUGAUGAAGUUGGGGGCAAAUCAACAAAAUUGUUGGCAGCAGGCAAAAAACCUUGUCUACAGUAUGAGAAAUCGCAAACAAGAUUAAAAGUGGACAAAACAGGAAAUUUAACAGUGCUUUGAAACUUAUUACAGAACUCUAUACUCUCAAACAGAAGCUAGUAAUAAAACCCAUAUGGAUCAAUUUUUAGAGAACUUAAAUUUACUAAGAGUAACAGAAGAACAGAAACAAGCUUUAACCGCAGACAUUACAAACGAGGAAAUAAGUAAGGCAAUCUCAAAUCUAAGGCUGGUAAGUCCCUGGGUGCAGAAGGGUACGCCGCAGAAUGGUACAGAUCACCUAAGGCAACAUUAAUCCCACUUCUGCAGAGGUCAUUUAACUGGGUGUUGACAGAAAGAGAAAUUCCUCAUUCAUGGAGAGAAGCCAUUAUCUCUGUAAUUCCUAAAGAGGGAAAGGACCAGCAGGAAUGCUCCAGUUAUAGAUCUACUAGUGUCCUGGAUUUAUACUUUAUCUACUAGUGUGACAGGAUUUAUAAAACAAACAGACACAGGACAACAGCAGGCGCACCCUACAUGUAGUGCAACAUGUAAUCAAAAUUCAGAUAGAGAUGGUAAUAGUGGGACUAGAUGCGGGAAAGGCAUUUGACUCCAUUUGGUGGGAUUUCCUGUAUUGAUUGCUGGAGCGGUUUUGCUUCCAUGAGUCAUUUAUUAAGGUCAUACAGGCCCUGUAUAAUAAACUAACGGCCAGUAUCAAUGGGAGUCCUUCAGAGUUUAUCAUCUUAGAACAAGGAUGUCAUCAGGGUUGCUCAACGAGUCCUUUUCUUUUUGCCAUUUUUCAGGGAUAAAACAGAAUAAAAAUGUAACAGGUAUGGACACGGGGGGAGGGAUACAAUAAAUUACUUUAUUAGCAGAUGAUGUAUUAAUAUAUUAAUUGAAUCCAAACACAUCCCUCCCUACACUUAUGACAACCCUCACAGAUUACGGCACAUAUGUCAGAGUCAAGGCCCGCGGGCCAAAUCCGGCCCGCGAGAAGGUUUUUUACGGCCCCUGGGAUGAUCUUGAUUUAUUAUUAGAACCGGCCCGCAGACCGCAGCAAGCCGGCAGCCCGCAGAUCUUUUACACGCACCAAUACUACAUUUCCCACAAUGCAACGGUGACGCACCGAGCAGUAGGCUUAUUAGCACAGCAGUCGUCAGCAUAACAGUAAAAUUAACUUUCAGAUACCCAUCAAAAAUGCAUGUUACUUCUCCUUGAAGAAAGUGUUGUUUUUGAUUAAUAGAUUUUUGCACUUUAUUUUAUUGUAUUUCAAUCCAAUUAUAUUUUAAAAAUAUUUCAGUUGAGUGGAUGAUAGAAAAUUGCUAUUAUUAUUUUUUUCUUUGAAGUAAAUUUAGCCCACUUUUGCUAAAAUAGAAAAUAUAGGCUACUGAUGGUGCCUUGAAUAAUACCGGUUUCUUUCAUUUAAUGUUCAUGUUAUGGGGAUUUUUAUAUAAAGGAAAUUUGUCUUUUGUGUCUGUUGAAAAUUAAAGAUUACUGACAGAGCCAUAAGAAAAUAUUGCUUUAUUUAUCUGAUCAUAUUGGAAUAUAUUUGUUAGGUUUUCAGUAGGUUCAAUUAGGUUCACUAGACUAUAUGCGUCAUUUAAAAAAUUUUCAAUGAACAUUCGAUCAGUCCGGCCCUCGGCUUGUAGCAAAAUUUUUUAUUUGGCCCUCCGUCCAUUUGACUUUGACACCCCUGGAUUACGGUCACCUAUCAGGCUAUAAAAUAAAUAUACAAAAAACUUAGGUUAUUACUUUCAACUAUAGGUUAGACCAAGCAAUUAGGGACAAGUUCAAGUUUAACUGGGAAUCAAAAUCAGUAAAAUAUUUAGCAGUUAAUCUACCUCAGGAAUUAAGACAAUUAAUAUCCAUCAACUAUGAUCCGUUGUUCAAUAGAAUUAAAUCUGGUAUCAGCAGAUGGAACCUGUUACCUUAUAUGGGCAUUAUGCUAAGAGUAGAGGUGAUAAAAAUUAAUGUACUGCCAAGGCUUAUAUACCUAUUCAAGAGUCUACUGGUGGAGGUAACAGAUCAUGAAUUCAGGGCAUGGGAUAAAAUUAUCUCCAGAUAAAUCUGGCAGGAGACCGAGGAUUAGAUACAGAAUGCUGCAGUUCUCUAAAAACAAAGGAGUGCUUGUGCUUCUUUGCCUCAAGAGCUACUAUCAAGCUGCACAAAUAAAAAUAUUGCUUAGUGUAUACAAUCCUUCCUACUCAGUGAGUUGGAAAGAAAUUGAAGCCAGAAAUUUGGGGUUCCUAAAAAGGCCAUAAUAAGGGACAACAACUUGACAAAACAUAUUAAGGAAGGGACACUAACCCGUGGUUGAAUAUAUCACUGAAACUUUGGUUUGAAUUAAUCACAAAAAAUGAUUUAAGAAGACAAAGUAGAUUAUUAAAAUGGAUUGGAUAUGAUUCUGUGAAUCAAUACAGGUACUUGCAAUUAAAGCAUUAUUUAGCGCAAACACUAAGGGGAACAACAGAGGGGAGGGGGUCAGCAGUUAUUGAGAUGUUAAUUCCAGCAUAUGAAUCAAAACUGGGAAAAAAGAUAGUUUCAAGACUAAAUAAGGGAGUGAAAGACUUAAAGGGAAAUGACACUGGGUUUAUUAAAGGGAGGUGGGAGAGGGAGGCAAAUAUUGUUCUAUCAGUAGAUGAAAUGAAAGAGAUAAAUGAACAGCAGUGGAGAAGACACCUGCUCCGUGUUUUGGAGAGAACAUGGGUGGAAGAACUUCAUAAGAUUCUUUAGAACACCGACAAAGUAUCAUGACACAAAGUUUUGGCGACUAUGUGGAGCUGAUAAAGCCCUCUAUCAGCAGUUACUGGCAGGAGCUUAAGAAAUGUAUGGAAAAAAUAGUGAAGGUAGACCUACCACUUACAUUUGAGGUAUUAUACUAAGAAACCUGGACAUAGAUUUCACAAGAUUAGGUGACAAAUAUGUUUAUAGAAUUAAGUUGAUAGCAAGCAAAAAAGCAAUGACCAGAAAAUGGAUGAAGAAUGAGGUAAGGUACCUAAGGCUGAGGACUGGGUUAAGGUUUUACACAAUAUAUGUGAUGGAAAAGUUAUCUUUCUUCGUGAGACUGGAGGCAGAUAGAUUUUAAAGAUCUUUGGAAAAUUGGAUGGAGUACAUAAAACCAGUUAGGUCAAAUUUAAUUUGAGAACGAAAAGAACUCUAGUUCAUAUCUACAAAGUUAGUAAUGUUCUUUUUCUUUUCUUUUAUUGAGUUACUCUGGAACAUGGGAGAAACUCUACAAGACUAACUGGUCAUAAUGUACGGGAGUCUGUAAAUGAUCUCUAUGAUAAGGGCAAAACUUUACUUUGGUAUCAAUCAAUCAAUCAAUUAAUCAAACUUUAAUUUUUGCACAAAGUGCUGUCCAUUCAAGCAAGAUGUUAAAAAAAAUGAAAUAGAAUAAAUAAAAAUACAAAUACCAAACCCCACCCACCCUCCACACCCACAAUCAACACAUACACCACUCACUCACACACACACACAUGCACACAGAUGCACACACAAAAGACCAGGGGCCUCAUUUAUCAACUGUGCGUACGUACAGAUGUGUGUGUAAUGAAUACGUACGAACAUUCCCACGCAAAGUAUGGAAUUUAUCAACAUGUACUUGUGCUUAGGAACGUGCGUAAAUUUAAGCACAACUCUGACCAUCCGUACACACAAAAUCUAGUGGUAGAACAGUGAAACUACAACUGGAACCCAUUAAAGGAGAAACAGCGUUCAGCAAUCUCAAAAUACACACAUGUUCUCCGUUGCCUCUGUACAAAAUUUAUCAAUUAGUUAUUUAGCAGACAUUUUGAAUGAUUGGUGUGACAAGCUUUAAAAAUCAGCAGGACAACCUCAAAUUAAGUCUUACAAGUACAAAUACAAGAAUCACGGCUUAUUUUGCCUGCUGGAGGACUUGGAGAACGUAUGCUCCGCAGGGAGCGUGUUUUUAAAGACUGUGCUGAUCUGUUCACUGAGAACACAGAGUGGACUCUCAGCAGGUACCGCUUCUCCAAAAACAUUUUAAUGGAUUUAUGCCGGGAUUUACUACCCGUGUUGGAGCGAGAGACAAAACGCACCAAAGCCAUCCCAUUGCACAUCCAGUUUAUGUCCACCCUCGGAUUUUUGGCCACCAGAAUAUUUCAGCGUAAGAUUGGAGACAUAAACAACAUUUUGCAGCUAACGCUAAGCAGAAACAUGCCGGCAGAGUUGGAUGCGGAUUUCAUGCCAUCGCCGGAUUCCCAAACAUAAUUGGGGCCAUAGAUUGCACCCACGUCGCAAUAAAAGCAUCUUCACAAUAUAAAUUUAGUUACGUCAAAAGAUAAGGAUUUUUAUUCAAUCAAUGCACAAAUAAUCUGCGAUGCACAUAUGUAUCUGUUAAACAUUGUUGCCCGUUGGCCUGGAGGAACCCACGACUCAUUCAUUCUGCAGAACAGCUCUGUGAGUGUGCACCUCCAUGAUUUUGUCAAGGGGGAAAAAUCCAUUCAUGCAUUUUUAAAGGGAUGGUUGAUACCAAAUAUGGUCAAUUGGAGGCAUUUCUGAAUGCAAAUGACCCUAACCAUGCAUGAGCACGGUAGUAAAGAACAGGUGGGAUUUAUCAUCACCAGUUACUCACAUGUAUGACCUGUGUCCGCUUGUUUGAUAAAUACAGAUUUUUCUGUACUUACGCACAUUCUAAAUUUCAUUCCUAUGCCAGAAUUUAGGACCUUUUCUACGCACGUUUGAUCAAUAAGGCCCCAGGUGAGGACUCUUCAACUUGCCACAGAUGACUGAGGAAACACUAUCUUGAGUUAAAAAAAUGAAGAAACACUGGACCUAGGACUAAAGCAAUAAAACCAUGAUAAGAUAUAAUAAAAAUGAUGAGUUAAAAGUUAAUUGAAUAAAACAGUCUUAAAAUCAAAGAAUAACAAAUAGUAAAUUGAUAAAGAGGUAAUGAAACACAAAUAGUAACUCUAGGACUAAAAUAGCGUAAAAUCACAAUUCAUAUUAAAAGAUUAAAACAAAAUACAACUAAUAGCCAGACUAAAAAGGUAGGUCUUUAGUUCACUUUUAAAAAUAUAACACAUUAGAUGUUGCUCUCAGGUCUGCAGGUAGGCUGUUCCACAGAUGGGGACCUUAAUAUUGGAAUGAUGAUUCACCAUAUGUUUUAGUUUUUACUUUGUGAACAAUUAAAAGACCACUACCUGAAGACCUGAGCACUCUACUAGGCUCAUACAGUAAAAGCAAAUCAGACAAAAGAGAAAGACCAAGACCAUUAAGAGCUUUAAAAACUAAAAAAAGAACCUUAAAAUCUACUCUAAGAGACACACACAGCUACGGAGCCCCUGAGGGGGCAUGAAGGAAAAAAAGAAAUUGAAUUUUGAACUAUUGCGAGAUCUGCUAAAGAUUUGCAAGCCUUCGCAUAGUUGUCCAAGGUGUAUUGGUCAAAAGGUUAUAGGUCAGUGUAUUUCUUCCGUGUCAAGUCAACUCAAAUGAUGGAAUGCACGCGCACGAGGUAGAGGUUCGAUGCUAGUGAUGGUGAGAUGAAAGCCUCUUGAAGCAUUGAAGCUUUCCAUCCAAUUACUUGACUCCUGGGCCAAAGCUUCAUUAUUGUGCUUUAUUUGCACUACUGUGCCAUCAAGUGGACAAUAAAUGUAAAACAGUGAUUAUCAAAGACACCCCAAGGCUUUGGCGCACAAAGCUUUGAAUCGAAUGAAUGAAUUGAUGUGAUGCCAUGUGUUUGUGAUACCAAUACAGAAAUGAUGGAGUUAUUAAUGUGGUGUCUGUCUUAAAGGUGCACAGUUGUGCUUGUGUUCCUAGUUUGUUUUUCAUGAUUUUGCUAUGGGGACAACAUAUAACACAUAAGCAUUUCAUUUAUUUUUAUUUAAAAACAACUUUUCAACAAGUCUCUCUGUAUCGGUGUUUCUGUAUCCUAACCCAACUGUUUUGAGUUAUCUGCUUGUUAUCAACCGACUGUCCUGUCGUGUCUCAGUUGAUUGACAACGAGCAGAUCACCCAAAUCAGCUGAGAUGCAGAGAUGCCUAAGACCUGCAGGCAGGUGGCUCUCCAGGACCACGACUUAAGAACUCUGAUUUAAAAUGAGCACAUUCUUCAAGUAGCAUUUAUUAAAUGCGCUAUUACUAACAGGGUUGUUUACAUGAAUACUACAAAUUACACCCAGUUAACUAAAAAGAACUAACAAUAUAUUUUAGCGGAAUACAUUUGGAUAUGGGUUUUGUGUGAAGCAAGCCAGCUUUCUACCUGGUGUCUUUGUAAACAUCUUGAUGAAGCUGUAUUUUGUGUGAUUACAACCUUGCAUUCGGUAUGAUUGAAUUGACCUGGAGAUAAUAUGCAAACCAAUAGCUUCUGAGAUAAACAUUUGCAAGAUCUCGCAAUAGUUUUGCGGGGCCUUGCAAUAGUUUUGCGAGAUCACGCAAAAAAAUCUUGAGAAAAUUCCUAUAAUUUUUUUUUCCCUUCAUGUCCCCUGAGGGGCUUCGUAGGUAGCCAAUGCAGAGAUUUUAAAACUGGUGUGAAGUGGGCUCUCUUCCUGGUCUUUGUCAGCAUGCGUGCAGCUGAAUUUUUUUGAAGCCGUGAAAUGUUCCUUUUAGGAAGACCAGAGAGGAGAGCAUUGCAGUAGUCAAUUCUACAGAUGAUAAAAGCAUGAAUAAGAGUCUCUUCAUUGGCUUGAGAGGGAAACUGGCGCAUCUUGUAUAUGUGGCUCGAAACUGAAGUUUGAAUUAAAUGGAUUAAAAGCUAGAGCUCGGAGUUUUUGCACCAGUUUCUCUCUCUGUGGACCUGUACCAAAAACUAAAAAAACACACCUGCUCAUGUUAAUAAUACACCUGUACAAGUUAACAAUACACCUGUACAUAUAAUUAAUACACAUGUACAAGUUAAUAACACAUGCACAUAUUAAUAAUGCACCUGUACAUGUUAGUAAUACACCUGUACAAGUUAAUAACACACCUGGACAUGUUAAUAACAAACCUGUACAAGUGAUUGACAUACCUGUACAAGUUAAUAUUUCAACUGGACAAGAGAAAGAAGUAUUCAGGAAAACAUGUAAAGUCAGAGUAGGCAAAAAGAACUCCUGUUAAGUGUAAACAAUAUGUUUGAUGUUGUUGAUCAUGGUUGUGCCACAGCCUGCAUUUCAAAAUAUGAGUGUUUUGUGUUUUAUUAUUUUUGUGUCAGGUGGUUGUCAUAUUUUCGCUGUCAUUUGUAGACGUCCUCAGCGAGCUGUCUGGCAGUCAGUGAGGACUUUAUCUUCUGUGGCUGUGCUAAUGGAGUGGUCAGAGUGUUCAGUCCCUGCAGCCUGCAGUACAUCAGCACACUGCAGCGCCCCCACAGGCUGGGAGUUGAACUGUUACAGAGCACGCAGCUCAGGUACACACGCUGCAAAGACACAUACACACACCUGCUGGAUACUCCAAUCACUGACCAUAUACCUGUCCACACAGAAGCUGCUCACCUGCCAGUCCAGGUGCUCAGUACCCCGACACUUUGGCUCUGACCUAUGACCCUACCACCAAACACCUGACCUGUGUCUACAACGACCACAGCGUGUAUGUGUGGAACGUUACAGAUGUGAGGAGUGCUGUGAAACUGUACUCUGCUCUGUACCACAGUGGCUGUGUGUGGAACAUCCAAGUGAGUACUCAGAGGAAUACUUUGAUAAGCAAAAGUACUUCAUACUGCGAAAUACACUGACAUGACUAAUAAAGAUACUACAGUUUAAAAAAAAAACACUUUCUCCCAACACAGCAACUCAUGUGGAUGUUUUUAUUAAAAAAAAAAACGGACCUUUCUCAGUUAAAAACUCAUCUGGUGUGAAUAACUUGUGAUUGUGAAAAGUCCUGAACACGGGCUGGAAGAGAUGUGGCACAAUCACAACUGCCAACAUCUAUACAUGGAGAUAUCUCACUCCAGAAAAUGCCUGAAAAGAUUCAAUCACAUCAUGAAUUGUUGCAACCGUGAAUCAGAUUUUUUUUUUUUCAAAUCAGAGCUCCAUGAAAACAGUUUGUGUUUCUGUCUUCAGGUGUAUCCAGAGCUGUCAGAGUUAUCUCUGGCCUGUCUGCCUCCAUCCUCCUUCUUCACCUGUUCCUCUGAUAACACCAUUAGACUGUGGCAUGCCGACGCCUUCACAGGACCCAGAAACUCUUACAGCAACGUAAGACCAACAGACGGGUCUGCAGGAGUGCAUGAGAACAAAUACAGCACACAAGUUCACAGAUAGAAGGAGAAAAGUCUCUUUCACCAACGCUUUUGUUUGUUUUCAGGACCUGCUGAGGAUCCUGUAUGUGGGGGAGAACACACAGCAUCUGCAAGCAGAGGGGGAGAAGGGGGAGGCAACAGGGGCUGAUGGGAAGGCAGGGAUCAGAGUGCUGGGUAUCAGUCCUGAUGGACAACACUUGGCAGCUGGAGACCGCUGUGGAAACCUGCAGUGAGAAACACACACACUCACACAGUGGUUGGUUGCCAAAGCUAUAGAUGACAGAAGGUCAAACAUAAAAAGUUUUUUUUCAGAGAUGAUGAUUAAACUCAAACUUGACUUUUUUUUUUAAUAGAUGAAUCUUUUUUUUUUUCACAACUCUUCUGUAAAUAGUAGAUGACUUUUUGACACAUGACAACUGAGACUACAGACGAUUGAAUUUCCCUUCGGGGAUCAAAAAAAGUUCUUGUUAUUCUUAUUCUCUGCAGUGACAGAAUAAUGUUCAGACUGGAGCCAUAGAAAAAACAGUCUGUGUCUCUGAAAAAAAUCACUAAUAACCAGCAUCAAAAUAAACAAAUGUUUGACACAAAGCAGCUGGGAUCUGUCAGUGUGCUGAGUUCAGUGCCCCCUUGUGGAGGAAGUGUGUAGCGUGUGGACCUAUGCAGAUUUUUGGUAUUUGGACCUGAUGAUCCAGUUUGUCGGGUAAAAACUUGAGACUGAAGCUAAAUAUGUAACCUUAUCCAGCAGAGUAAGAGUGGAUUUCCAAAUCCAGAUCUUUCUGAUCCAGAUCAAAGAACAGCAGGAACCUAACAACCAGGCAGGGCUGGGGUUUCAUGUUGAUCCGGCAGGGCGCAGCGCAGGCCUGGAUGAAUUAGAGACAUAGAGCGCAGGUUGUAGUUUCCAUGUGAGGGUUUGAUACUGAAUAUGCUGCUGAUAACAGAAAUGACUCAGUUUGCUUGAAAAUUGAUGAAAAACUCCUCACAGGUGUGUGGGGCACCUCCUGACUUGUGUGUGUGUGUGUGUGUGUGUGUGUGUGUGUGUGUGUGUGUGUGUGUGUGUGUGUGUGUGUGUGUGUGUGUGUGUGUGUGUGUGUGUGUGUUCAGUAUCUUUGGUCUGAAGUUUCUGGACCAGCUGGUGAAGAUUGAGGCUCAUGACUCAGAGGUUUUGUGUUUGGAGUUCUCGCCCACAUCCACAGGUAUGUCCUCAGGUCAAAGGCCAUCCCCUGGACCUUCCUUUGACCUUAGAGGGGGAUGACUGAGCUGCUGCAGCUUUACAGUGUAACUCUGGUGUGGGGUACAUGAAUUGAUCAAAAGCUACAUGCUUUAACAAACAGAACUUUUACAAUGUCAUUCCUCCUCAUCACAUGGUUUUUACGUAUUUGCUGAGAGUGUCUUCAGUUUUAUCUAGAUGGUUCAAAAGUUUUUGGAGGGUAUGAAUUUAUUGUUAAGUCCAGAUAAUUUUCUAUUUUUAAGCAUUUAGAGUAAAACCAACAUUACAGACUCACCUGGCUGGAAGAUAGGGUGGUUGAUUCGUGUUAUAUGUGGUGUUGUCGUUUUAGGCGUGCAGCUGUUGGCGUCGGCUGGCAGGGAUCGACUGAUCCAUGUCUUCAACCUGCAGAAAAACUACAGCCUGGAACAGACGCUGAGCGACCACUCGGCAUCUAUCACUGCCGUCAAGUUCACAGGUGGAGUCUGAUUCAGGUUUAACUCACUCAGGCAACAUGAACCGUAACAGUUUAUGUUGCCUUGAUUGCUCAGUCCUGCAAAUUCGCCCUCUAUAACAUCAGGAGGAUCGGACCCUACCUGACAGAGCAUGCAACACAGCUCCUGGUACAUGCUCUUGUAAUUUCACUCAUUGACUUCUGCAACUCUUUACUGGCAGGCCUCCCUGCUUGUCAAACACAGUCAAACCUCUGCAAAUGAUCCAGAACAUACGUUUGGUCUUCAACCAGCCCAAGAUAGCUCAUCUUACUCCUCUGUUCAUUUCUCUACUCUUUCAUUUGUAGCUCGCAUCAAAUACAAAACUCUAAUCAUUGCUUACAAAGCAGUAACCAGAACGGCUCCUGUUUACCUGGAAACCCUCAUCCAGGUCUACACCCCUUCUCACCCACUACACUCAGUCACAGAGAGCCUGACUCUUCUCUUCUGUUGUUCCAAAAUGGUGGAAUGAAUUACCCAACUCCAUUUGAUCCGCAGAGUCCCUCUUGACUUUCAAAAGACAGCUAAAGACCCAGCUCUUUAGAUUCAACAAACUCCUUUAUUUUGAGGCUGUUUCUGUCUGCCACCAGUUUCCCUCCUCUCACACAUCAGGUUGCAGAUAUGCCAUCACAGAUACUCAGAUAAAGUAGGGCCGCUUCGAUGUUCAGGCUGGUGUAUGUGAUGAUGAAGAUGAUGCAGUCUCUUGAUUUUUAGAACUUUUCAUGAAGUCUGAAAGAGUUUGCAUGGAUUUGUAAUCUUUGUUUGGAGGUGUAAAAUAGAAAAAAAUGACUUUCAGGUAAAGGAAUAUUAUCCCGUUAUGGUCCGGGUUCUGUCUUUAUACAGACUGGGCUUAAUGUGGACAGAGGACACAGACAGCGCUGUGUUUGUCUCUUCAUGAUCUGACUCUUACCUGUUCCUGUGGUCUAGGUAAGAGUCCAGAGGUUCGAAUGGUGAGCUGUGGUGCCGACAAGAGCAUCUACUUCCAGACAGCGGAACAGGUCUGAACACACACUUACACACUCUUACACACUCUUACAUUCACAGUAUUAUAACAGUCCAGAGCGUGUGUGUGUGUGUGUGUGUGUGUGUGUGUGUGUGUGUGUGUGUGUGUGUGUGCGUGCGUGUGCAUGUGUGUCGUUGCAGACAGUGGACAAUAUUUCAUUCUCUAGGAGUCACCAUGUGGUGGAGAAGACAACGCUGUAUGACAUGGACCUGGACUCCUCAAGGACUCACGUCGCCAUCGCCUGUCAGGACCGAAACGUCAGGUCAGAGACUCCCGCAUUGUGUGUGUGUGUGUGUGUGUGUGUGUGUGUGUGUGUAUUGUUUCACCUGUGCUGACGUAGGUGUUUUUUUUUCAGGGUGUACAACGUAGAAACAGGGAAGCUGAAGAAGUGUUUGAAAGGCUCGUCUAGUGAUGAAGGCGCUCUGCUGAAGGUCAGUACGGUUCAGUCUCUCUGGGUUUGAUUGUUAUUGUCUGUAUUGAUCUGCAGGUUUAGACUGGAGUGCUCACCUGCAGUAGAAGCAGGGUGCACCUAAUAAUUUUCUGGAUUUCCAACAGUUUCUGUGGAAUUUGUCAUCAUGUACUGCUGUGUGAUGUUCUCUGUUGUGAUUGGCUGAUACUGUGCAGGUUGAAAUGGAUCCUUCGGGGUCAUUCUUUGCCACCAGCUGCUCUGACAAAAACAUCUCCAUCUUUGACUAUGAGUCUGGAGAGUGUGUGGCCACCCUGUUUGGACACUCAGGUGAGGAGGUCCAGGUGUGUCUGUUUAUGUUUGUUACUUUACCUGUGAGUCUUCUUGGUCAUUCAGCUGCUUUGUUUGACUCUCCCUCAGAGAUCGUCACCUGUAUGAGGUUCAGUCAGGACUGCAGACACCUCAUCACUGUGUCAGGAGACAGGUAACCACACCUCAGGUCUCAGUCCAUCAUGAUGGACCCUAAUGUGGAUUUUUAGAGUCAGAUCUAACCAGUUAUCAUCUUGUAGCUGUAGUUGUCAUCUGUUAUAGCUCAACAUAAAUUGGCUGGACACGAAAACUCAUGAGUAAUUCUAACAGCAGUGGAGGGCCUAAGCUGAUUUCACAUCAUUGAUGAGUGUGUAACACUCAGGUGAUCACCUUUUAAUGUAAUAAUAAUAAAAAUAAUAACUGAGGUGGGAGUAAGUCACUCAUAUGCAAGUCUCAAGUCAUAACCCUCAAGCCUCGAGCAAGUCCCAAGUCACCAUGGUGAGAAUCAAGCAAGUCAAGUCAUUGCUCAGGUUAAACAAAUCAUUAGUCAAGUCAUACAAAAAUCUGAUCACCUACCCCAUUUUCCACAUUUGUUUAGAUAUGCAUUCAUCUGUUAUUCAGCUUAGUAAACUACUAAAAGUCACGUAUCUGUACAUAUUUAUGAAGGAAACCUCACAAAGUGAACUAACAACAGUUUGGGACUCCAAAGAAUCAGAAUAAUAACUUUAUGGGAGGAUGCAUUUUUCAGCAGACAGAAAAAUAGCUGAAAAAUGCAUCCACCCGUAAAGCUACUAUUUAUGUUGAUUUUUGUGGUGAUCGUGUCGCUUAUUUUUGAGCUGCAGACCUAACAUGCUGCUGUUCUCUUCUUCGUACCAGCAUUGACAACAACAUAAUCCUUGAACCCAAAUUGUAUAAAUUUUGGUCUAGCUGCUUCCAUGGCUGCUGGGCCUGUGUUGAUCUGCAGACAACUGUUAGGGCUGAAACAUACAGGAUGCAUAUUGGGAGCGUGGCAGCAGUGUUGCAUAUCACGCAGCAAAUACGUUACCAUUCUAAUCAAUGCAGCAAAGCAUACAGGAUGUGUAUCUGCUCUGUCGGAGCAUUGUAUCGAGAGCAGCACUGCUAAAGAUGUGCGGCGAGUCUAUCUUUGCUGUUCUAUGCUUCCAAUGCGCAUCAAUCCACACAGAGAAGAUCGUUCUUGACAGGAAGUCAAGCACGAAAAGUGUGCAUGUCAUCCGGUAUUUCAAAAUAAAACACUGUAUGCGAACAUCUGAUUGUAUAUCAGACCGUGUAGAUAAGAAAUACUUCCUAGUUAUGGAUUUAUCAGUAACACAGAACAAUCCGAUGGUCAGUCCCUGAUCCAUGUGGACCCUGACAGGACUUUGAACUGCUAACUCUGUCUGAAGGUAACGGCACAGCAUAAAGGACCAUAGUUUACUUUAUUAAACACGAGUGAACCUGCAAAAACUGAAACUGUAAAAUCACGUUGCUUUUUCACAUGUAGUAGAGGCUCAACGGCCACUAAAUUUUAUCCAAAUUACCGGGAAAUAGACCACAGAAAGGAAAAACAACCUGUUGUGAGCAUGUUACUGAGCUCAGCUGACCAGGACUGCACUACGCUGCUGCUAAGCUCCGAAUACGCAUCCUGUGUGCGAUACCUGAUGCUGCUCGAGCAAAUACGGAACGUGCUCAAUACGGAUCUUGUAUGUUUUCUGCUUUCGGCACUGCAUGCUUAGCCGGUCAUGUUUCAAAUAAAACAUCAUUUCUAACGUAAUCUUAGAAAACACAAGUAUGUAAAUGAAAAAGUAAAGUCCUUUUGAGUUAUCUGUGCCAAGUCUCAAGUCAUGAAGACAAAGUCAAGUCUAGUCUUUUAUUAGUGUACGUCAAGCUAGUCUCAGGUCCUCAAAUUUGCGACUUGAGUCUGACUUGAGUCAAGUCAUGUGGCUCGAGUCCCCCACCCCUGAAUAAUAAUUAUUCUAUUAUUGGACAUACUCAGGGCUGUGAUGUAACAGGGCUCUUUAACUGCUGGAGCUGUGGGACACAGAGGGUUAAUCACAGCGAUUCCCCCCUCCAGUGUCAUAAUGACAAAGUGAGGAGCUACUGAAUAACUGUUAUGGCUUGGUCUGGUCAAGCUUCAAUCUGUUAAACAGAGCUUCCUCUAAAAGGUGGUGCUGCUGUCAGGGGUCAUGGAAUCUGUGUUAUUUAUUAUUAUUAUUUAUUAUUAUUUAUUUAUUUAUUUAUUUAUUUAUUUAUUUAUUUAUUAUUUAUAAGUAUUUUUUGAGUGGGCGAGUGGUGUCUUGUGCUAUGGAGCUUGCUAUGCGUGUGAUGGACCUGUUGUUCAGUUCUGUGAGGUUGGGUGUGGGUAGACCAAUCAGCUGCAGCCACAGAGUGAGAAGCUCCUCCACACAGAGACAGACAGGCAGAGCAGCUCUGUGUCACAUACUUCAGUUGUCCUGCUGCUCCACGUCUGUCUCACACUCUGCGGCAGGCUGACCCAGACUCGCUUCCCAUUUUAAAUACAUUUACAAAGUUGCCUUAAACUGCUUACAAAAACAUUAGUUUCUGGAACCCCAAUGUUCGAGCCAGAUAAGGGUCUGUACGACAAAAGGCGCUAAAACAUGACCGCUUUUGUCUAUAGUGGCCUCCAAAAUCAAAAGAAAAUGAAAACUCUGUCUAGCUGCUUUAAGUGUUUGCCUCAUAUGAGCCACGUUUCCCCAGACUUUGUAAAUCUGGUCACACCCUGGUAGACCUGAGCCAGUAGUACCAUGGUACCAUAAAACAGCUGUUUUAACUGCAGUAGUUACAUCUGUCCACUCAAACAACUUGAUGUUCAUGGUUGUGUGUUCUACCUGUGUUUUCUUGAGUGUAGUUGCGUGUUUGUGUGGAGGUUGGAUUCCCAGAUGACCAACACCAUGAGGAAGAGACGGGGCUUCAAACUGACCACCGCACCUGAAACCUGCAGAGUGAAGCAACAGCACAUCAGGUGAGUGGCAGCUGAAGGUGAUCUUGAGAGAUGAGGCGGUCCAGGUCUUCAGUCUGCUGAGGUUUGUUCUUCUUGUUUCAGGAGGGAGACCUUCAUCACUGUCCCCUCCUCUCACAUGCCUCACCUGGAAGAGGAAGAGGCUGACUCCAGUACUCCUACCAGACUAGACUCUGCUCAGGGUGAGGAAGGGGAGGUGGGGGAUGGUCAGGAUACAUUAUUACUUACAGGCUGAUGAAGUCCUUAAAAAGUUUGACUUGAGCUCCAUUUCAGCUUUGACUUUACUGUCCUCUUUUUCACCGUUGUCUAACAUCUCAGCUGUACUUCUGGUGCUGACAUGAUCCAUGAUCAGGAGUUUAGCAGAUGAGUAGCCCCUCUUCAAGGAUGAACAUCACUUUUCCAAAAAGUCAGAUUUUGAUCCAUCAGACGACAGGACAGUUUUCCUCUCCACCCCAGUCCACUUUAAAUGGGCUUAGGUCCACAGAAGUCUCUGGUGUUUCUGGACCCUGUUUCUAUGUGGUUGUCUCUACAUGGUUCAGUUUGAACCUCAUUUGUGGAUGCAGUGAUGAACUGUGUUCACAGAUGAUGGUUUUUGAAGUGAGUCUGAGCCCAUGUGGUGAUCUCCACUCCAGAGUCCUGUCUGUUUUUAAUGCAGUUGUUCCCCUAACAACCUUUUACAAACAUGUUAGUGCGUUUGAAAUGAUCAGACAUUUUUCCCUAAACAGUCACAUUUCUUAGUAUGUGAUGCUUUCUUUGCUCUGUUCACAGUGGUGCACAGGCUGUACAUGAUUCAGAAAAUACCACAGUCAUAGCUCAGCUUCUACAAAGGGCCUUUUUUUAUCAUGUGGUUUAAUCGGGACAUUAUCAGAAGAACAGACAAGAUUUCAAACGGACAGCUUCAAAUGAAGAAUGCUGUUUUCAUGAUGAGAUGACCUCACCAGAGUCAGACCCUCUCUGCACACAUGGAGUUACAGCUGAUCUGUAAAGGUCCUGUGCAGUUGAAGACAGUGGCCCUCAUUUAUCAAUCUUGCGCAGAUCUGAGUGCAGGAUUCAUCCUACGAUAGGACACACAUGAGAUUUAUGAAAGGGUUUGUAUCUGACCAAUCCCAGCGUACGUAUGAUCGGGUCUUGAUAAAUGCGGCGGCUGAAAUCGAUCGUCAUUAACAUGUUUACGCCCUUGAAUAUUCGUGGCUCAGAAGCCUCGCCCACUGAGGUCAAACAUGAAAGAGGAGAAAUAUUAGAAAGAUGCAAAACUUUUCCAAAUGAAAGUGGAUAUCCUCACGUCUGUGGUGGAAACUAACACGGAUUUUCUCUUUGGAAACAUCAAAACCGGUAUAAAAGCUGGAGCAGGAUUAUGGUGGCGGUGAACAGCGCUGCUGCGGAAUAGCGGACAGUGGCUGAAGUUUGAAUAAAUAAUUAGUCAAUAAGUUGCUCAUGAUAAUAAAUUAAUAUCUCAUACAUGCCUCAUAUUUUUUAUUGCCAUGACAUAGGGUACGUUGCUUCCAUUAUUGAAAGUAUUUAGUUUUAAUUUGUUGCAUCUUUGUAAUGUAGAGCAGACUGGAGAGUCUGACAGAGGCUGAACAAAAAUAAUCAUUAACGUCACCAAACGGUGUGUUGCUGCCCCUGCGGCACAUUUUUAUGGAUUUCUAUUUUAUUUUUAUCACUGAUUAAAUAGCAAAAGCACUUUCUAAAAUUAUACUUUACAUGUCAGAGUCCAUGGAUAAGGUCCUGUCACCUUUGUGGAGUCUCUCCUCGUUAUUGUUCUACAGGCAUCGGGUCCUCACGUUGCACCGGCACAGCCAACGGCACUCCAUUCACCAGAGCAACAUUGUGCAAAACUGUACUGGCACAAAUGAUGUCCCACACCCUUUCAGGAGUGUACAACAAUGUCCCCGCUGCUGGGCCAAGACAGAGACACCUGCCUUUUAGGAGUCAAAUGCAGCGCUCCACAGUGGCGAGUGUGCAUGUGUGCGCAGUGUUAAAACGGCGCUCCUGCUCUGUGGCAGUGUUUCUGGGCAGAAUUAUCAAAUAGGCCUAAGGACCACCAAGGACGUAACAACUUUAUUUUAUUUUAUUUUAUUUACAUCUUAAUCUUUAAUGAAAUCUGGCUGAUUGUGAUAAAUGAUUUGAGGUUUGUUUAUCAAUUAUUGCGAGACAGAUAUUUGCUGCACCGCAGAUCCACACUGACUCAAACUUGCGUACACGAUUUCAGACCUGUUGUGAGAUUUGGUCGUAGCGUACGCUCACGUGCAGAUUGAUAAAUGCUGAUUCUCACGUCAAGUUUUCUGCCAUAUGCAAGCUUGAUAAAUGAGGGCCACUGUGUGUUGUUUUGUGUUUCAGACACUCAGCUGCUGCAGACCAAUGGGAAGCUGCCCAUGUGGUUCAGGAAACUGGUCAGUCUGUUAUUCACUGAUUGCCUUACUUAUAACUGAUAUGUUUGUUUUUGUACUUUUAUUAACUGUAGCUGUGUUUGAGUGUUCAGCAGGGGCAGGAUGGAGCCUCCUCUGCCGUCCAUUUAGAUGGUGAGCCCAGUCAGGCACGGUGUCGAUGGACGGAGCAGCUGAACCCUCUGGUCAUCUGCUCCAACUUCUCCCCAAGCCCUACUAAGAGUCAGGAGGAGGAGGAGCAGCAGGAGGAGGAGGAGGAUUUCCAUCCUCAGAGUCUAGAGAGUCUGCUGGGAGAGGAAGAAGAGGAAGAGGAGGGGGAGGAGAAGGAGGUCAGCAGAAGGUUUUUUAGUCAGUUUAAAAUAAGAUGAGAGUGUGGGAUCAGUAAAAAGCACCUCAGCACAUAAGCAACAUAAUAAGACAUUACAACAAAAAUACUCAAGAACUUGCACAUGUGGGAGGAGGGCAGGUGUCAGGGAGGACGGGUGUCACAGCACAGACCCUGGGGUGAGCGCAGCCACACUUGGUGCAAGCAUCAACCCACAGUACCUGCACCAUGACAUUAUGUUUUGAAUGAUGUUGAAGUUUAAAUCUGUGGGUGAUGUUCAGGUGCUGCAGGAUCCAGGUGAGGACAGGAGCCCCUUUAUCCUUCACCCAAACACCACCAACACCACAGCAGACAGGUGAGCUUCAGAAGGAUUAUAGUCGGCAUAGCUGGAUCCUCUCGUUGGAUAAUGAUGACCAGAGUGUUGCUCUGUUUUCAGGGAUUUUAAUGUUGAAGGUAUGGCCAACCCUCAGCACUCUCUGACCCAGCUGGAGGUCAAAGGUCAGGGGACAGAGCCUGUGUGGAGCACUCAGCUAAGUCCAGACUCGGCCUGCUCUGAGGGCUCAGCAGGAAGUCUGGAGCAGCUGCAGGAUGCAGGUCUGAGAGCUGUUCAAACUUCCAUAUUGAGUGUGUAACCUGUAUGAUUGAGUUGUGUCUCUGUGGCCUCUCCUCUGCAGACACAGACUCUCUAAGUCAGGGCAGCUCUGUGGGCAGUCUGGUCCUGGAGGACGACGAGGACAGAAACUUACUGAAGAACCACUUUGAUACUCUGGCCUCCAGUCUGACAGAUGGUAAAACACUCUCCAUUAUUUGACUGUAUUCAUUGUAUUUCUGUUUGAGCUUGUUUUACUGCGUUCACCUCCUUGUUUUCUUGAAUCAUAUUCAGUCUUUCAUCUGCUUGGUCUCAGUUCACUUGGCUUAGUUUUUGUGAGGUUGUUUGGGUUCUCUUUAGGACUGCACAGCCUUAAAAAGCGGCUCAUGAGCCAAGACAGAAAGACAAGAGAAGCAAAUGUGAUAAAAUAAAAAUCAGAUUUUUGAGUGAAACAAACUUACCAAAGUUUGACCCUCCACCCUUCCAGUGACCUGGGGCCUCAUUUAUAAAACCUGGCGUAGGAUCCAUACUAAAAGUGUACGUAAGUUGAAAAGCUGAAAAGUGCGUAGGCAAAAAAAAAAUCUGAUUUAUAAAACCCUGCCUACGCACACCUGCACGCACUUUCCCUUUAUAAAUCACAGACCAGCUGGAAAGUUGCUCAGCAGGGAUUUGAUUCUUCCCCGCCCUCUCCACACCCAAAAUUCACCAUGUAUGGUCAUGCAAAUUACCUCAUGAAUGUGAUUUGCAUGUAGAUAAGCCUGAUGGAUGCAUGGCAUUUCACGCUUAACCAUGGCAUCAGCAAGUCGUAGAAAAAGAAACUUUUCAGAGAUCGAGGUGGAGGUUCUUGUAAAUGAGAUGGCGGCGAGACGGGAGACCUUAUUCGGCGGCCAUUCGAGUGGCAUCACCAAUAAAAACGCCGUUGCCGUGGUGGCAAUUGCGGCUGGCACUGAGCGCAGCGUUGCCGAAACAGUGUUGUUUUCGUCAUAUUUCGUCAAAUAUUUUCGUCAACACCAGCGUCAAAAAGAAAUAUUUUCAUCAACGAGAACAACACUGGUUGUUUUUGUUGACGGAAAUAUUUCCCUUUUCUUCCACGACGAAGACGUAACGUUGACGAGCUAAACAUAAGUCGGAGAUGACUAAAAUGUGACGAGACGAAAGUGCGUUUACGUUGAUGGGACGAGACGAAAAUGACGAACAGAGUUGCAAAACUCAGUCAGUUAAACGCUAAACAUAUAGGAGCAGCUUCUGUCCGCUCUGACAGCUCUCAUCAGCCUGCUGUGCUCCUCCAACACACAGACACACACACACGCGCGCGCGCACACGUGGAGUUUUGUUUUCGUUGACGAUGACGAAAACAAAACUGUGCCGAAAUCAAGAAGUGGUCUGAUCUAAAGGUGGAGGCAAAGAAAAAAGUGGCUUUGCACCAUCAGAGCGUGGCGGCGACAGGUGAGGAUCAGAAAAAACAAGCACGUGUGACACUCGUGCAUGUGUUCAAAAAAAAAAAAACGCUCCGUUAUCCACCGCUGCUUAUGUGGUGAAAGUUCGUAAACCAAAAAGAUUUAGUCAUAUUAAUCUUAAAACAAAUGCAUGUAAAUGGAAUUUGUUUUUUUGCACAUUUGUAAAUUCAAAUUGGCAAACUAUCUACACCGCCACAGUGGGGUCUGUGCUUUCUGCGAGCAUCACUGCCUGGUACGGCAGCUGCAGCUCUCAGGACAGAAAGGCUGCAUCGAGUCAUCCGUUGUGCUGAACGCAUCACCCGGACUGUUCUCACCUUGCUCCGAUUGUCUCCAAAAAGUGCGUAAGCAAGGUGUGGAGUUUGCUUAAAGUUGCGCACAUUCCUACACUAGUUUUUCUUUUAUAAAUCCCAACUCUUGCGUAAGAAGUGGCGUACGCAAUUUCUAGCCAGGUUUUGUGCGUAAGCAAGCUUUAUAAAUGAGGCCCCUGGUCUAAAGGGUGACCCUGUUCUUAACGGGCACCUUUCAGCAAAAUGCAUCGCUCACAAAAUCCUUUUUACUCAAGACCCGUUGUUCAACUGAUGAGCAUAUUUUGACACAAAGCCCCAGGAUGCAUUUCAAAGUUUUUUUUUCUUUUUGGGAUUUAACAGCUAUUGAAACCACGACAACCACUGACACAUUUUGCAGAGAGUGGCCAGUUAACACAGUCACUUUUUAAACCACAACAUUGGUAAAAGAGAGCCACCCUGUCAGCAGAGCAGUGCGGGUAAGAAACAUUCAUUAAACAGAAAACCCACAAACGACUGAGGGACUCCAUAAAGAAUCUGAACAAUGGUCUCAGUCAGAUUUAAGCUCUUCUUACCUGAUGGUGAGAGGACACUGAACAAAAAUCAACACAAGAGUCUUGAAGCGUUUGAGUACAUCCCUGAGAGUCCGCUUUAAACCCACAAUAACCUUUAGCUUUACUCCUUACAACAUGAGGUCCAUCUUUGAAUGCAGCCACUGGUCUGUUAACACCUACACCGUUCUUAUACUGAUGCAAUCAUGUGACCACUGACCUUUCAGAGAAGUUUGACACAGACCUGAGGACUCUGCAGCCUCCAGAGGAAAAACACUUCCUGAACCCUCGACUUAGCAUCUCCACCCGCUUCCUGUCCAGGUUCCAAGACAGGAUCAGGUCAGUCUACUCACAAACCUCAGGGGCACAUGAACAAUUCAGUUCACCUUGUGGUUGUCAUAGUGAAACUAGUACCUACCUGUCUUUUUUUUAGGGCAUGGCCUAGCCAAGCCCCGUCUCAGGUUUCGAUUCCAAGCAGGAUCUCAGAGGAGAGCAACAUCAGCAACACAUCAGUACGUACACAUGUGACCACCACCUGAGCCACUCCAAACACCCUUUAACCCCUCUGAGCCACUCAAAAACACCCUUAAACCCACCCGAGCCAGUCAAAACACCCUGUAACCCAUCUGAGCCACUCAAAAACACCCUGAAACGCACCUGAGCUGCUCAGAACACUCUCAGACCUACUUGAACCACUUAAAAGACCCUUAAACCCACCUGGGCCGCUCAGAACACUCAGACCCUCUUGAACCACUUAAAACACCCUGAAACCCACCUGAGCCGGUCAGAACACUCUCAGACCCACUUGAGACAGUCAGAACACUCUCAGACCCACUUGAGACACUCAAAACACCCUGAAACCAACAUGAGCCACUCGAAACACCCUGAAACCCACCUAAGCCACUCAAAACACCCUCAAACAAUCCACAAUCCACAGUAAAGAUGAACGGAUUUACCUCAGAUUGCUUUACUCUGGAACUGGGUGUAGACAAAGUUGUCCAAUAUCCCCUUUGUUAUUUGAUAUUGGUAUUGAAGCAUUAGCACAGCUUAUUAGGGAUAAUGAUAAUAUAAGAGGGAUUAAGAUAAACAGGGAACGGCAUACAAUCUCAAUUUAUGCUGACAACAUAUUGCUGUAUUUUACAAAACCUGCAACAACAAUGCCAUACUUAAAGGACUUCAUUUUCACUUACAGAUACUUCUGGGGCUACAUAUUAAACAUGGACAAAACAAUGGCCAUAAAUAUAUAGGUGGCAACAUCUCAGAUACAUCUAAAUUGCAGAGUAGGUUUAAAUGGCAGUAGAUGCCCACUGAGCAAUGCGACAAUAAAAUGACAUCUAUUGAAUGUAUUUUUUUGACGUCAUAAAUCAGGUCUCCUUAAGGUGCAGAUUGAAAGUUUUUUUUAACAUCUUUUUCGGACUUCAUAUGGACGUCCAAUUCUGACGUCUUGUGAACCUCCAAAUCGGACAUUCAAAUGACAUGCAAUUUCAGUCGAAAUUGGCCGUAUAGAUCAGGUCUCCUGAAGGUGCAGAAUGAAAGUUUUUUUUUAAUGUCUUUUUCGGAGAUCAUAUGGACAUUCAAUUCUGACAUCUUGUGGACCUCCAAAUCGGAUGUUCAAAUGACGUGCAGUUUCAGCAGUCUUAUUGAACGUUGAUAAGACCUUCAUCCUGCACCUCCAGAGGAAGGUCCUUGUCGGACCACAGCACGUUUAAAUGUGGACGUCAUCUCAACGUCUAACAAAGUCCAAUAAUGAUGUCUAAAUCUUGGAUGUAUUUUGCACGUUGUGCUGAUGUCCAGAUUUGGUCCUUGUUGGACUACACAUGUUCAGAUAAAGUACAAAUGUGGACGUCACUUUAACGCCUAAAAGAGGUCCAAUAAUGACGUCUAAAUCUUGGAUCCAUUUUGCACGUUGUGCUGACGUCUAGGUUUGGUCUUCAGAUGAUGUCCAAAUUCUAAACGUCAGAGCGACGUCUAAAAAAGGUCCAAUUUGGAAGUCGAAAUUUCGAACCUAUUUUGCACGUCGCACUGACGUCUAGAUGUGGUCUUUGACAGUACGACCCAAUACUGACUUGAUCUGCACAUAUCUUUGACGUCCGAUGUUUGGUGGGUGGCAUCAAAUAUUGAGGCGUUCAUAUACCACCUUAAUUUGAAAAACUAUACAGUUACAAUUACAAAAGCUCAAUUUAUAAUAUAUGUAAGGACUAAGACAGACAGUCAAUAUUGCCUCUUUCACUGCUGGGAUGCAUUGAGAGUGUCUGUAUGAAUGUGCUGCCUAAAUUACUAUAUUUAUUUUUUAGAUACCUGUUGACAUCCCCAAAACUACAUUUGACAAAUUGGACAAACUAAUCUCAAUAUGUAUCUGGCAGAAAAAGUGAAAAACCAGACUAAAAGUGCUACAGUUAUCUAAACUAAAGGGAAGGCUCAAACUCCUUAAUCUGAGAUACUACUUUUUGGCUGCGCAACUAAAACCGCCAGUAAUAUGGAUUCAGGACCUAUUGUAAACACGCUGGCUCAAUAUUGAAAAGAGUUUAUGUAAAAGACCUGCCAUUCUUAUGGAAGCAAUUGUGACUCAUAUCUCAAAUUCAAAAGCAUUAGCAGAAAUGCAUUUUCAUUUCAAAGUCCUGGAUGCACUAUUUGACUCAAAAAUAAAAACAAAAAGCAAUAUUCCAAAAUGCAAUUUCAUUUUCUUCAAGACUGCUCACUCUGUGACUAAAUUAAAAAGCAAAAUCAAAACACAUUUAACAUUUAAUUUUCAAAACAUUCUCCAGCAAAAAAAGUAACAAAAUUAAAUUUGAAAUGUCAAAUUGGAAAAUUUUAAAAGCAUUAGCAGAAAUGUGUUUUCAUUUCAAAGUUAUGGCUGCACUAUUUGACUCAAAAAUAAAAAUAAAAAGCAAUAUUCCAAAAUGCAUUUUCAUUUUCUCCUUCAAGACUGCUCAUUUUGUGACCAAAUUAAAAAGAAAAACCAAACUCAGAAAUGCUUUUUCGUUUCCGUGCUUGCCCGCAAAAAGUGCCUCAUAAUUCAAUCUGAGUUCACAAUCUCAAGUGGUGCCGGAAAGUGACGUCACAGACCCCACUCGUUCUGGCCCCUUCUGGCCGAUAGGGGGCAGUGAAUCCGUGUAUCAUUCGUUCAAUUGAUAUUCAAUCAAGAACCAAAAAACAAAACAUUUCCCUCUUUCCCUUUUUGAAAUGAAAACAAAUAAAUUAAAAUUUGUUCGUUUUCCAAUAUUCCAUCAGUUAACAUAGAUCAAAUAAACUGAGGUUGAAUUACGGGCCACGGGCUGAUUGUGUUAUUAUUAUUUAAUUUGUACGCUCGUCGUGACUCGAAAGUUGUAUCGUCUGUGUUUUUGCCGGUGUGUCAACCCGAUCGUACUGAUUUAAAGGGCCUUUGAGACAUGCAUGUUAAGGGGAAUUAUAGGGUCAAAAAUUAAGCUGAAAGCACGAAACAUAAGAAGACGGAAACUGGUGACCGUGCAAAUGCCUGUCCAAAAUAUAGCUGUCACAGAGUGGGAAAUUUAACAAACCUUUUCGUUGUGAGAGGAACUUAUUUUGCGGUAUCUUUUUGAUCAUUAGGUGUGUGGGUAGUACUCACAGUACCACAGGUGGUGUGAAAAUAUUUGUGGGAUGUGUUUAAAUACAGCGCGAGGUCAGAUGUACUCUCCGUGUUACCUGUGUUAUCUCUUGACAGCCUAUACACCUCGCUUGUUGGUUGUAUUCAAUGUUUGUGUGGACGUCUCCACAGUUAUGAUCCACGCUUUAAAUAAGUAGAAACAAAACACUUAAAUCAUUUACACAGCUGUCUGAGGAAUUUAAGCUACCGAGCACAGAUUUCUUCAGAUACUUACAGUAAUGGAAUUUCUUAUUAAAACACAAAGACUGGGACAAAGUUGCUAAACCUAUACUAAUUGAAGAAAUAUUGAUUAAAGUGCAAACCAAAAAAUGAGAUAAGAAAUGAAUAAGCUAUUGUUGCCAGAUGUUCCUGAGCAGGAAUUUGAAUGACACUGCACAGGUUAAGGAGAGAUGGGAAAUUGAAAAUAAUUCCAACAUAUCACAUGAUAUGUGGGAGGAACUUUGUGCUGGGGUACAUUUGGUAACUAAUUCAAAUGUAUGGAGAGAAUUUAAAUGUAAGGUAGUCAUGAGGUUUUUUCGGACACCUGAAAUUACACCUAAAUUUGGCACUACACACUCCAGUAAAUGCUGGAGAAACUGCUGUCCACACAUUGGUAAUCAGACCCACAUACUCUGGCUGUGCCCAAAACUGGAAGCAUUCUGGAGGUAAGUGUUUGGAACACUAAUAAAAUAUUUGGUGGAAAUGUUAGAAUGGACCCAAUAGUGGCCCUACUAGGUCUAUUACCAAGAGGCAUUGAAGGAAGAGCCAAAAAAUAUCUCUUACAGAUAUUACUAGCAACAGCAAUAAAAUGCAUUACAGUGAAGCGGUUGAAGCCUGACCCUCCAACACACAAUAUGUGGACUGAAUAAAGGAAAUAUAUCAAAUGGAACAAAUAACAUAUUCCCUGAGACUUCAAAAACAUAUAUUCACUAAAAGGUGGAUCUCUGCUAUGGGUAUAAUGAUAUAAUUCUAUUUCUUUAUUUUUCUAUUUUAUUCUGUAUUUUUCUUUGUCAUUAUAGUCUCAGUCUCUUUUGUUUUACCAAAACAAUGAUGAAUAUGAUUCUAUACAUGAUUUUAAAUGAAACUUAAAUAAAAACCAAGUUUAAAAAAAAAAAAAAACUUAAACCCACCUGAGCCUCUCAAAACACCCUCAAAUCUACCUGAGUCACUUAAAACACUCUAAAACAAGAAUCUGAAAUCUGAAACGCAUAAGAGCAACUCUGAACAUACCUGAAAUGUACCUAUGGUACACUGAUCACACCUAGACAAACCUGAGACACAAUUAUUACACCUGAGUCUCUGUGCAACAUUAACUUCAGUGAAUGUUUGUUUUCAGGUAAAUGCUGAAUCGAGCAGUGAGGUCACCUCGAAUAAUUUGGCGCAGACAGAAAACAUGAACAGAUUAGGUGAGUCAACUCUUGGUCCUUCUGUUUUCCUCAGUUUAAAAAGAUAAUUGUAACCUUGUAACAGAAAGGUGAUCAUUUCAGACACCUGUUCAGACCGUUUCAAAUGAUCCUUUACAAACCUUUGGAGGGGAAAUAGAACUAGGAUAUGCAUGAAUAAAAACCCGACUUUAUGAAAAAGGUGUUUAUUUUUAGAUUAAAAUCUUUUAUCUAUACUUCUGUUGAGAUUUAAAAGUUUGUGUAAAAAAUGAUAAAAAAUGUGAAAAUAUGAACAUUGUUCUGAAGUUUUGUGUUAGUGUCAGUAGUUUUCUUGUCAUUCCUGUAGUCUGAAAUAAAAAUAAAAAAAUACCUAUACGAGUAGUUAUGCCUUGUAUUAGUUUGUCCUCCUGUUGGCAAAAGGUGCAAAUAUAGAUAUUCAAUUUUUUUAAAACCUAUGUGUUAUUUUUAGAACAAUUACUCAAACUUCAUUUUGAUGCAAUUUCGACAGCCCUGGGCCCCUAAAAAUAGGACAUUUCAUCUUGUGUGGUGUGUCAAAGUGAUGGACAGUCUAGAACAUUUGUGAGGCCUCAGAACCUACAGACAGACAGUCCACCAUAUUUAAAUUUUCUCUCCGUUGUCAGUGAUUUGGUCUGAGACGGCAGUGACGUUGACCAAUGCACAAACAGAAGUCACAACCAUCAACAGGAAGAAUGAAGCUGUUACAGUGAGAUGGUUAUGAGAAAGAGGAAAGAUUGUGGGGCUCUGUCAGCAACAUCAUCCCUGAUUGAAUGAUGUGUUGACGAGGGACGACUAAGCCAGACUAACGAAGAGAAAAAUUGAGAGGAAUAGCAGCCAAUAACAGUUAAGGGUGUUGUGAAGCUUCUCUCCUUCUCCUUCAAGUGUCAUUGCCUCAGUCGUGAUGCUUGAUUGUGUGUUGGCGUGUAGUCAGUCAUGUCUGUUGGUAAAAUCAGGCCACGAAUCUGAGAUCAUCCAACAACACCUUUCAAAAGUACAUAAAUUCCAUAGACUGUAUAUAAGAUGGACAGAGUCUGCCUCCUUGCUGGGUGAAGCCACUCCGAGAACAGCACCCUCUGUUGAUGGGCUGCAGUACAGGUCAUAAAUCCCGCCUCCGACAGCAAAGCUUAUGGGACUGUGGACAAACUUUGGAAAUUUAUUACACAGAACAUAAAUUGUUCUCCCCCCUGCUUGUGAUGUUGACAUGUAGUUAUUGUAAGACUGGUUUGUGCCCAAGUCCUUUUUUUCUGUACAGCUCCGUUUUUAAAAGUUAUUAGGGGGUUCAUGUUUUCUAUGAUUGACACUUGGUACAGCCUAUGGGCAUUCAGGGAUUGCGUAGCUCUCCCGGGGGGAUACGCUGUUUGAGCCGAGCGUCAUCACAGGGACACUCUGCGACUGCGCGGCCGAAUUCGCACAUCGCUACUGCACAGCCCUGGUUUCAAGGAAGUGGAGAAAAACCCGGAAUUACAGAGAGCUUUUUGGCUUCAAAUCCGUAUACAGGCGGAGGGCGGAACCAGUGUGUCCAUCUUAUAUACAGUCUAUGAUAAAUUCUCAUAGCACCCCAGUGUGAAGUACAAUUAAGAACAACACUGCACAGCCUACAUGUAAAUGCAGGGGGCGGGGGUGUUACAGUGUGUUUUGGAAACUUUGGAAUGAUUUAUUGAAAUGACAGAAGCUCCAAGACAGUCCUGAGGGACUCCAGGUUUCAUCUAAGACAGAAGUCUGUGUUCUCUGUGUGUGUGAUCACAGUAAGACGCACCCAGUCAGUUCUUCAUCGAAGAGCUUCCUGCAGGAUUUCCCAUCAGCCCCAACGGCGUCCUUCACGCAGACGAAAUUCUGUUGUUAUUAUCCAGUGCAAAGAUCAGCUUGGAGGUUUGUGUGCAGGCGCGGAGUCACAUGGGUGAUUUAUGUUCAUCUUUGGGACUUUUUUUUUGUUUUAUAAAAUCUCACAAGGUUGGAGGUCAAACCCUUUUCUGUCAUACACUCAUCUGGAUUAGGUUUUGGGUUUUCUAAAGUUUGGUCACCAUUCCUUUGAGUUCUGGUGUUUUUGGCCCAGUUUCAUGCCAACUAAAACAGUGAGAUUAAAACUACAGGUUUCCUAUUGGUUAAACAAGCAGGACUUGGAUUACUUAGCUUCAGAGGUGCUAGGUAGUAGAUUAUGUUAACGUCUAAGCUUUAUGCUUUAGGAAGUCUCAACCCCAUUCAAAUCUCAUACACGAAACUAAGAUGGCUCCCAGGAGCAACAAUCAGAAGACGAGCUUACUUCAAAAGCAUUUGAUUGUGCUGCAGGUGUAAAAAGUGAGGGUGAACACUGUAGUUCUGUCUGUGGUCUGUGUUCGUGUCAAGGUCACUAACAAGCAUGAUGAUCAGAAAAACACUGGCAUAUAGACUUGCAUAAACCAUUUUAAACAUUUGGCGGGUAUCUGACAGCAGCAGCUUACCAGUAUGUUUACAUUCUAUGGUCAUAUGACAUACGGACGUGUUUAGUGUUGAGACAUCACCUAUUUGUUGAAGAAGCUGUUCUUGUAGCCUCAAUAACUACAAAACAAACAUGUUACCAGGGAUUCAUCACAGUUUGGAUGCAACCUUACUCAGCCCAACCGGAACAUUACAUCCCUGUGAGGAAGUUUCAGUUUGUGACAGUUUUGGUGGGGUUCCUGCCAGACCCUUUAAUGCUAAAUCUGGAGAUCACAUUCAAAAACCAGCUGGAAUGGUGCAAGACCGCCAUCAGAAUAUAAACUGAUUAAUGAUCUGAGAGAUGAUCCCAGUUAGACAGAGUAAAUGUAAACUUUCAGUCAAACUGUGAGAACCUUUAUAAAAGCACCCCCUAACCCCACUUCAGUAUCUGAGUCUGGUCAGGGAUCACUCACCUGAAACCCUCACUUUAGAUCAUCGUAUCUUACUCUCUCCUUCUCCAACCAAUCAGAUGUCACCUCCAACACUUUAGCAGCCCAGAACAGCAGCACAGUCCAGCAGGGGGCUCUUCAUUCGGGGUAUCUUGGAACCACAGCCAGCUCCAGGGCCAAACUGAGCCAGGACCUCCUCACAACCCUCAAUACCUCCUCUCACACUUGCUCCAACUCUCACCAUGAGGAGGGGCAGGAGCAAAAAGAUGUGUCCUCUCUAUCAGAACCUCAGCCUCCUCCUCCUCCUCUGCAGUCUGUCGGUCUGGACCUCAACAGCCCUGAACCUGAACCCUGUCAGGACCAGACUGUGAGGUAAGACCUGGUCUAACUACCACCCAGCUGGUUAAUAUUGAACUACCCCCUCAUGCAAAUGUCAGUUUGAUGGUUUCUUGCUGUCUUUUCUUUGCUGUUAGUGUCGCUCCAUCCCAGAGGGCUCAGGACCACACACCUGAGACGAGCUCCCAGGCAUUGGUCGUGCCCACAGAUGUGAUGUCAGAGGGCGGGGCCAGCAGGUGGAGCAUCAGCAGUGUUGAGGAGACUCUGAGGAGUAUCACCAGAACCACACCCACAAAAUCCGACAUCAUCCAAUGCGACGCCUCCAGAAAGGAGGGUCAGGAGGGAUCGGAGAACAAAAUCCAGAAUGAUUCAGGUCAGACUUAUAUCUUUAAUUAUUUUGUAAAUAUUUCUAGAGUUUUUAUUCUCCCUGAAGAAAAAUAUCAGAUACAGAUAAUUUAUUUCCGAUAGAUGGUGAAAUAGUCAAGUCUUUAACAGUGUAAGCUAUUAGAUUAAAAACUCUACUAUUUCAUUUACUUUACAAUGACUUUGUGACUUUUUAAAAACAGUAAUAACUAAAUAUAUACCAACCUUUAAAGGGAUAUUCCAGCUUAAGUUUAAGCCAUGGACAAACACACCGUAACACUGAGUUAGACCCUCUUAAAGAGAUGAAUUUUGCCUACUGCUUGCUUCUCUAGUUAUACCAACUUUAAAGACUGCACGAUAGCAAUACACAGCCGUCCCAGAAGCCACGCACUCAACCAAAAAGCAACUGUACAGCCACAAAUAAUGCUCAGACCAGCUGCUUGUUUGUGGGGGAAUCCUGAUGAGUCGAUCACGAAGUGCAGCUGAGUUCUGCAGCAAAAAGAAAUGCAAUCAGGCUGAGACGCUCAGGCAGAAGAACUACUGUGUCUGCAGUGCACAAGAUACACAAGAACUCUGAUUGCAUGGUCUGGCUGUUUGAGUAUGAUGUGUUCAAGCUGCUGAUUUGGUCUGAAACAGGACAAGAGUCUCUGGAAACACUGAACAGUUUUUCUGAUCCGUUUCAUUUUCCUCAGUCACAGACAGAUCUUCAGUGUACCUACCGACCUCCUCCUCCUCUCCUCCAUCAGAGACACUACAGCUUCACCCAUCAGGUAACUUCACCCACAAUACAUGUGACCCUACCCCUUUCACUUAAGAACCCACCCCUUUUCUGCACUGCUCUCCUACAGUCUUAAUCUCGAAUCUGUCCUAAAGCUGCUAAAGGUCGUCAGGCUCUUCAGAGGAUAAAUCCUGUCCGUGCAUUUUAACAAGCUCUCCUGUGGCGCCUCCCUCAGGACAAACUCAGCAUGAGUCCAUGAUUGUAGAUGAGACCAAUUGUCUGAUGUUUUUCGCUUCAGCUCCGGCUGCUGAUGAAGAGCUCAGUCUGCUACAGUGUCAGCAGGUCGCCAGCGAGCUGAGAGAGACGACAAGACGAGCAGUACACCUGUAUCGACAGGUGAGCCCCAGAAUUUACAUAAUACAUAAUAACAGGGCAGCUGACAGGGAGGGGGAGAUUUCUAAACAAGAGUAAAAGUCCAUCUGACUGAAGCUUUCAGAAAAGCAGAAAUUAAUCGGUUUGUGCUUUUCUAAAAGUGAGAGAAAACAUGUUAAGCCAUUUUAAAAUAUAUUUCAAAUAUACACGAUAAAAUGGAUGAAAUGAACUGUAUUUCUGCUCAGGAGAGUCAGCAGUAGAGUUUUUACAGAAAAGAUUAAAAACCGCUAUUAUGUCUUCAGAUGAGUGGAGUGUGAAACCUGUCGGUUCAAAUAAGAAGUUUCACUGAAAGACUUGAUUUCUGUCCGUUUUAAGUCCUCUUUUCUCUCCUCUUGCAGCUUGGUGGCUCAGAGAAGUAUCCCCAGAUGUUGUCAGUACUGCGGGAGACCUUUGACGCUGUUCACUCUGAGCUGCAGACAGUGCUGCACUGCACAGACGAGCAGAGCUGCAGCGCCCCCUUUGGUCUGCUAGAGAGCGACGGGACAUUGUUUCUGCUGGAGAAAUACUCUGAGCUGCUGGUCCAGAUGACCCAGAACAAACUGAAUCGGGCCUGAACCAGGACCAGCCUGCUGCCUCUGGCAGUACAGAGGAUGAAAGAGACACGACUGCCCUCAGUCUCAGUCUGAGUGACUGGUUUUAUGCAGGGCAGGUUUUAUUCAAACUGAUUUAAAAAUCAUCAGUAUAAAGUUUUAUGCACCCUAUGGAUUUUAAUUUUAAGGUCAACUGAUGACAGUCACAUUUGUUUGUACAGAAACUGCAUUUUUUAAAUAUUUUUAAAUAAAAGUUAAUUGUUUAUCAUA